CAAUAAACAUUUUCUUGUCGUAUUCAAAUUAAAAUAUAUUUAAAAUUCUUCACAUAAAUAAACCUUUAUAAAUAAAAAAAGGCGACGUUCACGACGUAAGAUUUACAAGAUAAGAUUUCAUGAACUUUAACUAUGUUUCUUCCCGAUUUCAAAGAUUACGAGAGUACAUUUACUAUGGAAUGAGACAUCAAGGCUGUAUUUGAAAAAAACUUAAUAUAUUAUGGCUUCUAGUACCAGCUCUGGCAGCUCAAAGGUAUAUAUAAAAGUGUUAUAAUCUUAGAUAUGAUUAAUACAAUAUACAGUAUUCAUUAUAUUCUGUCGUAAAUGUUAUCACAGCGUUAUUUACAUUAUAUUUUGAAAGUGUACAAGGGACUCAAACUAAUAAUAUAAAAUCUGAGAUUUCUACACAAAGCUAUUUAUAGUCAAUGAAAUGAUGUUAUUGAUAUGAUUUAAUAAUAUACAGUAAGGAGCCAGUAACCCGCUAAAAUUCAUAACCUAACCCCCCUCUCUCCCACAAUAGACUUUAGUUUCCUGUCCCCCACCAUCUUGGCCCGGCAAAGUGAGCUAGCCCGGUUUAAUGGGCCAGCCCGGCUCAUAUGAACAGGCUAGGGGUGCACCGGAACCAGUUUUUUAAGUUCCGGCCGGAACUGGAUCCGACCGGAACUGGAAAAAAGUUCCGGCCGGAACCGGAACUAAUUUAUUAAGCCAUAUAUAGUCAUAUGUUACUUUGUCUGCUGCCAGACCGGCAGACACUUCAAGUCAUAAAGGAGAGAGCUGGCAAAUGUUAGAAUAAAAAGAUUGACAAGCGUUAAACGUCAUAAUCAAGUGUUAGUAGUGUACAUUUCCCUUGCGUAGUCCAAAUUUCUUCCUACUGUGACCUUUUGUUAGACACAAAAAUGUUUGAUAUUCUAUAUCUCUGAAAACAACAGAGUUCCGGUUCCGGCCAUGCUUUUUUUACCAGUUCCGGCCGGAACCGGAACACUAAAAAAUCGGGGUUCCGGUGCAACCCUAGAACAGGCCCUAAGAGUAACGAAAAUCCACAGUUUUCAAUUAAUCUAUCUUUCAAGAAAUACAUAUUUAUAAUUAAUACAUAAAAAUCGAAAUAAAAUUGUUGAUACUUUUACUACAGCAACGACCGAGCUAGUCACUUCUGUUACACAUUUUGAUUUUCGAACGUAAUAAAAGGAUUUAAUAUCCUGGCUUUCAUUUUAGCCUGCUCGCAGCCUGAAAUUUUCCCCUUCUAAAUUUCUGGCUGUGAGCAGGCUACUUUCAUUUCUGCAUACAAAAAACCAAAACAUUCCGUAGAAACGUGGCUGAAUGGAAAUGUGUUUCUAUUUUAUGGAAUACUGAAUGGGUCGUCUCAGAUUCUUUCAGACACCAUUCAUUUGGAUAAUGGAAAUGGACCGCCCACCCGCAUGUAAUUUGAAAUAAGAGCCGGACGAGAAACUAAAGUCUAAUUUGAAGUGGCCUAAUGUCUGAAGUGUUGAUUUUUUAUAAAACGUUAAACUCAUCUCACAAAUACACCUCCUCCACAGGGGGGGGAUUUGUGGGCAUUUUGAGAAAGGUAGGAAAACACCUGCUGAAGUGUCGAUAGUCUGGUUUGCCCAGAAAAUCCGGUUGAAAAUUAUCCAUUCAUUGUGAUAUAAACCAUGUUUUUUUUGUUUUGUCUACCCUUGUUGUACAGUAUUUCUCAAAAGUCAUGAUAGACAGCAGCGACAAAGAACGUUUAAAAAUGGAAGAUUUUAUCAUUGAUGUUGAACUUGAAAAGAUUAUCCAGCAGGAGAUUCCCCGCCUUCCUGCAUUUGUCACAAAUACCGUAAACCUCUGAAUAUAAGAUAUGAUGGUCUGGACUCUGGAGGCUGGAAAACGCCAAAGCCCAAAAUACAUGCAUGAUCUUUGUUUGAUGUUGAACUGUACCUCAUUGUGCACAAAUCCUUUGUUUCAACUUCAUGACCUAUUAUUCAACGUGGUUGCAUGUUUCAUAUCAGCUAACCCUAUUGGACGAUUGCUUCAUUGUAUAAAAGUAUGAAGAGCUCAAUCAUCGUGACCUUGCACAAAUAAACAUAACCUCAGGAAAAAUAAUAACAUCUGUUUACUGUAGUUUCCAGUUCAUCAUAUUCAUGGUAAUUAUUAUGUUCUGAUAGAUACAAUCACUUCAUCCUAACACUAGCUGAUCCUCAUCCUAACUUGUGAUCUGGUAGGACUCUUUCUACCCCCAUUAGAUUAACUGACAUUAACCUGAGAACCUGGGAGUGAGACCCAACAUGUGGUAAACAAAUGUCUAGUUAGAUCACUAGAUAGACUUUCCCAAAGUCCUUUCCACUUCUCUGCUUGAUAUCACCGAUUUGCUAUUCGAGAUCGACUUGUGGGCAAGUGUAAUCACUAGACUACAGGGGCUGGUUGUAUGAAUUAAAUGCUAUCCACUGGAUAGUGAAAUUUUUAUUUCAUUUUUAGAUCUAAAAUUUUUAUUUAAACAUAUUUUUGGUCAAAAUGUGUUUGCCCAAAGAGCGUACACACUCAUCUAGGGGGCUUACUUGUUACAAAUUAAAAAUACACUGCCACGUUAGGUGUCAAGAAUUGGUAGAAAUGUCAGUAGAAUGAAAACGUGCUGUUUCUUUAAUAUAAGUCUGAACAUAAGAAAAUAUUGCCAUGUUGUAUUCCAACGACAGCAUGUGAGUACCAAAAAAAUUUUUCAUAAUUUGUUUAUCCGUCAAUCUUGCAUGACCACCCUUCGGGAAGUUUCUCGCGGCAGCGGAGAAGAACAGCUUAGACCUUUGGGCAGCAAGUAUUGAACAGUAGAGAAAAUAAUGUUCUAUAGAUUCAGUGUGAUAACUACACCUGCAUGAUGGAUACAUUUUACAACGUAUACUAUACAAAUAUAAAUUGAGUGCGCACACACCUAGAUGCAAACGAGUAUGGAAGAUAGAAGAAUGCCUAUCAUUUGCAAAAUUGUUUGUUGAUUGGUAUAAUACAGAUUAAACUUUUAAUUAGUAUUUGUUAAACCGUAGUAGCUUUUUCAAGCAAUGUUACAAUGGAAACAUUGAAAUUUGAUCGAUCACAAUGUGUGGUAUCACGUUAGUAUAUAUUGAAACUACAAAGAGAAUGAGGAAAAUAUAUCUGUACUAAUGUACAGUAUAUAUUUCCCUCAUUCUCUUUGUAGUUUCAAUAUAUAGCAUUUGCAUAUUCGGUUUGGGUUUCUCAAGAAGAACCAUUAUAGUAAACGGUUUAUUUUCCCACUGAUGAAUAAAUAAGAAGCAAAUGUGCAUAAUAUACAAUCUGGUAACGGUAGGGUUAAGAGAUAUAUUGUCAUUUGAUAAAUUCAUACAGAUUUUGCCUCAUGAUUUUAAUCCUACACAGAACAAAACAGAUUGCAUAAAAUACGUAUGUGGUAGCAUCAUUGGUAUGCAUUGUAGUAUACAGAAUCAUAUAUUGCUAACUUUAACUGAAGUUGUAUUUAAUAGCCAUUAUUUAAUAUGACAAUUACAGUACGUUAUAUGGGUGUGAUUGCGUGCUUGCCACUUGCUCCUAAACAAUGCUUGUGAAUUGUGAUCUUUGGGACCAGACUUGUCGCCCCUUCUGUCGCCCCUCCUGUCCCCCCUCCUGUCCCCCCUCCUCCCCUAGUGUCCGCCACUGGUGAUUGUGAACGCAACGUUCCAGAACCUUGGACAACACACAGAGUGGAGAAAUCGGCUGGUAUAGUUAUGAGAGUGUUGGAUCGUCCUUUUUAAAAAAAGAGAGUAAUAUUGGCGCGUUUCCAUUCCGUCCAGUUAGCCUCGCUCAGUUGGUUAAAGCGCUGCACUGGAGUCGCAGCCCCACAUGCUCGAUUCUUUCCAGAGGGGCAAAAGUUGCAUUUUUCGCAACUGCUCCUGGUUAGGUCGUAUAAAUGUAUAAAAUUUACACUCGAAAUUUCCAUCUACAAAAUCUUCUACAAUUAGCUUUAUCGAGUGAGAUGCCUAAAAUCCUGAUAUUUAAAUGUUCUUGCAUAUUAAAUACAGUAACUAGGACGCCACCAGUGGACUCACAGUAUCCCUUAGAGAUUUCAUGAGCUCAUGAUUGCUAACAGCUUGCGUCGUAUCUUCAAGUCACAAAUAUUGUUGAUCUUCCUUAUUUUAUUCACAACAACUUCCAGGUCUGUAACACUACAGCUGCUUCCUAUCACUCACUCAGUACGCUUCUGAUUGGUUAAUAUAAUUAUGUGAUUGGUUAAUUGGUAACUUAAUCCAUUAAGUUGCAUUGCGCUCUAAUGCGACCUACUUUAUAAACUUUAUUCUGUCAAACGCCAAACGAUUUUAUUUAUCAAGGGCAGAGCACUGGCGUUCAAUCAGUUAAUUUGGUUGAUUGCUUUGAACAUUUGGUACACGAAUCACCACAAGAAAUCAGCAUUUUCGAAGGAUAUUUUCGCUUUCGCUCGUCACCCCUGCUUUGUUUUAACGGGUUAUCCAUAGAGGGAAUGAUAUGGUUAAAGUUUUGUUACUGCCUCUUAUUGUAGCUGCUAUAUUAAACAUAUUAUAAUUCAGUGGUCAGAUAGUAUUUUCUUAAAUCCCAUGCUCAGGGUUUAAUACAAUCUCACACUUAUCCAUAAAUGCGUUGUAUGGCGCAGCCAGGAAGUUUUUAAAAAUGUUGGUCUUUGUUCUAACAAAAGCUUUUUUUGGACGUUCAAUGUAUAGCCUCAAUCAUGAUGUCUACUGUGCAUGCACAAACUGUAUACACAAUUUAAUUGAUUUAUAAUUUACAGUUUACUACUGUUUAAAUCAUGGCCAAUGAUUGGAGUAAACGUUUAUUAUAUUUCUAGUUGGAAAAUUUAGCAAAAGAGGAUCUAGUGAAAUACAUCAAGAAGCAAUCUUCUCAACUCAAACAAUUCAAGUCAAAAUGUGAAGGUAUAGUGGUAUACAGUAUUAAAACAUUCUAUAUUUCAUAUAUACUAACUACAGAGUUACUAUAAUUGUAAUAUAAAGUAUAUAUAAAAGGCAUAAUAUUAGCCUAAUUAAAUAAAAACACGUAGAGCAGUUAGACAACAUGUUAAGAAGAGCAGCAUGAUUUCACAGGAUUUUAUCAAAAGUGGGAUGCGAAUUUUUUAUAGAGGGAAAGGUAGUGUUAACCAGUUAUGUCCACGAUCGUACAGUAUGUAUAACAAUGCUGUAAGCCAGGCUUCGUACAAAACGUGAAAGUCCUCGAAAAGAAAGAUUCAAGGUCUUAAAAGUCCUUGAAUCUAUAAAGAAAUACUUGAAAGUCCUUGAAUUCUUCUUGCUUUUAGUUCUUGAAUAUUUUCUGAAAUUUGUUUGACAUUUUUUUAAUUGAUUUUGUUCAUGUAUUUUAAAUUCAUUAAUUUGAAAAUUUUAACGUCACUUUUUACUGAUUUCUAACGCCUUCUUUUCAGCCCUUUAGUCCUUGAAUUUCCUGAUACAUGGCCUUGAAAAUUCCUUGAAUUUUACUUAAUUUCCUAACUUGCACGAAUUCUGGCGAAGCUGACUAUACCAACUGGUCGUGCUAUGCAAAUUUUAAAUAUUUGCAAUAUUCAAACCCAAAACUAUUAUCUUUAAUUUAUUUUGGUGCAGGUUUAUUAGCGUAGCAUGACCAUUUGCGGCUCUCAAGGAAGAAAGUUUGGAAGAACUGCAAUGCAUGUGGAAUUACUUUAAAUGAAAAAAUCCUAUAAUAUUUCCCAGUCCGAACAUUCUAAAAACUAUAAAAUAGAAUUACUAAAAUUUAAUGUAGAUUUACAGACACAGCUUCGAGAUAAAGAAAGUAAUGUCCAGUCUCUUGAAGAAGAGAAAGCUGCGUGGCUAUCACGUGGUGUUCAAGCAGAAUUUGAGAAAAAAGAAGAGGUACUGUAUAAUAAAAUGUAUAAGUAUAUAUAUAAGUAUAUUUUGGGGGAUAUCCCCUCGUUGCCUCAAAAUAACGUACUUAUAUAUUUUUCACAUUGGCGAGGUUGCAUUUUAGGAGACAUAAUAAAAAGAAAUUCGUUAUGAAAGACAUUAAUAAAACGAGUCCCAAACACUGAUCACUUUUGUUUCAGAAAGAAAAAGGCAAAGCAUGAUGAUUAGGCAUAUUAGAGGGGAAUAUUAGAGGAGAAUAUUACAGGAAUCAUUAAUCUAUUGUUUUGCCUUUGAAUUUGGUCAUUGUUUUCAGUCCCGCUCUACCCUGUUGAAAUCAAAAGCCGCCCCCAGCUUUUGACACACUUAACUGGCAGGGAAUAUUAAAUAUAUUUUCUCUAAAGAACAAAGGAGACCGAGUAAUGUGAAAAAUAAGUUUAGUAUACAACGAAUUUGGAUUGAGCGUUUCAGACCUUCCGGUUUCAGGAUUGUUUUGCCUUAAAAAGAUUUGUAGAUUGUUAGUUGUUAAUGUUAACGUCACUAAGUGUAAAAUGGCACGCAUUUUAAGAUAAAUAUGUAGCCGAGAAUGGAUUAUAAAAUGAUAUCAGGGUUGUACCCAUGGUGGGCGGUACUGGGCGACAGUCUCUAGCACUCAACAGUGCGUAGCUCAAUUGCAAGAUGAUGGUUACAAUUUUUUCAUACUUCAGGUUUCUGCAAAAAAUGAAGAGUUGCAAAUGGCAGCUGAACUUGGCAAACAAAUGCUGGAAAAGAACGAUGAACUACAAGGAGAAUUAGAAAGUUUACAACAAAAUCAUUCAAAUCUUCUGCAAGUGAGUCAUUGUAGUGAGAGUUGUUCAAAAUUACCGCUUUCUGAAAAAAUGUAUCAAUUUCCUGUGCGUAAUACAAAAUGACUGAAAAACGGCAAACGUCUCAGGGCUGUAUUAUCCGCAUUUUACAACAUUUCGCAACGAAACGUCGGAAUAUUACUAAUUUUGUGAUGCUCUUUUAAGCUGUCUAGACUUGUCUAGAUCAAAAUUUUGUUCAUUAGGUAAUAGGUCCAUUUAUAGCCUACAGUAUACCAAUGCCUUCAUGGUUGGAAACGUAUUGAUACAGCUUUGUUACACAGUUACUCAUCAAACAUUAUUGGGGGUAGUUGUGCCCCUUGCCCUCUCCCCUCCAUCUAGUUUCGCCACUGAACCAACCAAUAUCUUUACUGUGAUUAAACACGGACACGUUUUUUAGAGAGGGUUGGCUUUUAUACUGUAAAAUGCAUGCGUUACAGCUGUAAAUUGAACUAUUUUAUUAACCAACGUUACUAAUUUUAAUUAAAUGUUCUAUGUCAGGAACUGAAGGCAAUAAAGUAUGAAAGAGAUGAACUUAAACGUUCAGUGCAUUCUUCUCGUCAGGUAUGCUGAAGGAUAAUUUUAGAUUACCAAGCAAUUUUAGUGACACAUAAAGUAGUUUUAGAUCACAACAAUUAAUUGAGUUUGUCGUAUUAGCAAGAAGAACGUGAAUCUAUCAGUGCUGAAGAAAGUGCCAGGCUUUUGGAUAAGAUAAAGGUAUUAAUUAUGCUGAACACUUAAUUUAGUGCUAAUGUAUGUUGUUUUGUUUCAUGGUGCAUGUGUUGUUAGUUACCCUGUGGACAGUACAAAAUUGUAGCAACUUAUAUGAUAUAUUUGGACAUAUUACAUGCAUAUCGGUAUAGAGACUCACCCUUCUCAAUGUUGUAUCCCUACACACAGAGUUGCAGAUGCCAAAACGAUUUCAACUUUGUUUUUGGGCAGUGGGGGCAUGAAUCAUAGCAUUAAAUUCACCCUGGAUGCACAUGAGGAUAAAUUGUGCACAUGAUUUUGACCUGGAUUGUAGAUUUGUAGUUACAGUAGGUUUUGUGUAAUGUAUUUUGUUUUAUUAUAUGUUAUUCUAUGUCAUAAUAGUAGUUAUGUUGUCUUUGUGGUAUGUUACCUAUUAUACUUAGCCCCCUUUUCUCCAUAUCAACUGCAUGUCAUUAUUUAAAUGAAGGAAUUGCAAGUAGAACGAGAAGAAACUUUGGAAAAAUUAGAGAACUUGACAUCAGAACGAAACCAGUUGAAACAAACGUGUAAGGUAAGUGUAUACGUAUAUGAAACUUUGUAUAUGUAUAUAACGAAUCUAUUGCAGAAUCCAGAUCGAUACUGUUAGAUAAUGAUAUACAAUUACUUCAUGGUUUCCGUGUUUGGAUGGCCUGAUCCAAACACGGGUUUCGACCAAUUAGAGUACGCGUUAUAUACAUAAUUGUCAUGUUAUUUUAUAAUGCAAAUUCUAAAUUGAUCCUGGUGUAUAGUUACAUAGGUAGCUUAUGCAUGUUUGUACCUCAUGGAAGUUCUAAUAUUGGUGACGUUCAUCACGCAAAGAAUAAAUGACUCCAAACAUGUUAUCGUUCGCUACUCUGGUUUAGGUGUAAAUGAAUGCAAUCCCCGAGUAAAUUACAUUCAACACUCAUUGCUUCGAUAUUUCGGCCCACUGUGGUAUCUUCACGAUCAGAAAUUGCGGUCACAAAUUAGCACCUAUGAUGAGCUUGCUCAUCUUAACUGAGCAUGCGUACAUGCUGUUUUUUCGUUAUACCGUAGGAUUUAAAGAAGAGGAUGCAUGUUCUUGAGAGUGAUGUGGAGAGAUUGAAUAAAGGAAAGAAACAUCCAGCAGAAAAUAAGAUCCAUGAUCUUACUAACGAGAAAAUGGUGAGAAAUGUUCUCAGGUCAUCUUAUUGUUUAUAUAACGUACCUACUGUACUGCAUGUGUUUGGUAAAGCAAUGUGUACAUGCAUGUAAGGUCGGAUCUGAUGAAGAUUUUGGUGGGUGAUACACUCCACACCUUAAAAAAAUUGUUUGGUGAAACUAAGAUUCUGUUCAUAACGACAUUUUUUAACGGGAAAUUGAUUGAAAAUUACAUUUUGUGAAUUGGUUAUAGAGUAUCUUUGUCGGUAAACUGUCGAAAAUAUAGACCCCCUUCCCCCAUUAAACUUGGCCUUGGUAUGCCACUUCUGCCAAACAUAAAAUCUGAUAUUUGAACUUUCUUGCAAUCUUCAGAAUAGCUUACACAUGUAAAUCAUCGCACGAUUGUGUUACAUAAAGACAACUUCUCUAUUCAAUCCUAUCUCUAUGUUUGUUUUUGUUUUAUUCAGUUUUUUAUUAAUACAUCUAUCAACAGCCGUAGUAAAAUACUUGUCAGACGCGUUAUUAGAUAAAAGCUUAUGAUGAGACAAUUUUGAGAGGAUUCUUUAAUCUUUGCUAUAAUGGAAAUGAAACAAAAUAAGAUAUGGAAUUGAAUGAUGUAUAAUUUACCUAUUUUCGAACGUGUUGUUGCUGCAUUUAUGGCUAUAGUAUAAUUGCACAAUGUCACUACAUAUACUUGUUUAUACUCGGUCUGUGCCAGUGUAGGUAGAGACGAUAAUAACAUAACUGCAGAUUACGAGAGAUACAUGCAACUACAUGAAAAAUACAAGCAGAGCUUCGACGUUUCGAGCGAAGGCUACUAACUUCCCUACGAAGGGCCUUCGCUCGAAACGUCGACGUUCUGCUUGUAUUUUUCAGGUAGUUGUAUUUCUCGUAAUCCGCAGUUAUAUCUUGUGUGCUAUUUACUUGCUUUGUAUUCAGGAAUUAAUGUCAAAAAUUGAAAUGUUGGAAGAAGACCGAACAGAAAUAAUCAAAGAAUUUGAAGACUUGGGAGAAUUCAUGACACGACUGGAACAAGAAAACAAGGUAUUUGACUUUUGCUUUUUACGAAUUGAUAUGUUCACAUGUUGUAAUUUUUGCCAAAAUACUGUAGGCUGUUUGUGGUGUUACUCUGAGUGUGCAUCCACACCGGGCAAGCUGAAAAGUUUGCCUGACCACGCGGUGGGAAUCGAACCCGCGACCUUUUGGAUACUAGUCCAAUGCUCUACCAACUGAGCUACGCGCGAGGUCUUGUUGGUUCGAGUUGGUGAUAUUUCGGAACUGAGUCUAGUUCAUUCGAUAUCAAUGUAUUCUAAGAUAUGAUACUUAGAAUACAGUGAUAUCAAAGGAACUAGACCCAAUUCCGAAACAUAACCAACUCGAACCGACUUAACCUCGCGCGUAGCUCAGUUGGUAGAGCAUUGAACUAGUACAGUAUCCCAACCGUCGCUGGUUCGAUUCCGAGCGUGGUCAGGCAAACUUUUCAGCUUGCCCGGUGUGGAUGCACACUCGGAGUAACACAUGCACAAACAUCAUAUUCACCUACAAUCCUGGCAAAAACUAAUGAAACAUCCAGUUUGAUUAACAAUUUAAUUUAUUCUUCCCCCCUUUCCCGCUUCCAAUGUUGAUUAAGUCAUGAGCAAGAAACCUCCACAUAGUGCUCUCUGCCAUCGAUGAACUAUUGUACACAAUUUUUUAGAAUCUAUGUCCAACAUUGUGCAGGGGGGAAUGGAUUUUGUCUGUUUUAUUGAUUUUUUUAUAGGUGUUUCAUUAACUUUUUGCCAAGAUUGUAGUAUAGUGUACUGUAGGCUGUUGUGAUAUUGAAAAAAGAUCAAAUACCAGAUGAUAUUGAUAUUACGAAUUGCUUACAUGUAUAUGUUCGGAAUAGCGUGAGCGUUAGUGAAUAUGGUGGGCUUAUACACGCGAGGAGGGGGGAGGGCUUAUAUAUAUUCGGGGGUUAACGGGGGUUAUUCCUAUGCACUUACACAAUGAUUACAAUGAAUAAUUAUAUAGGGUUACCCCAACACGUAUUUGCCAAUGAGAUUAUUAUAUGAAUGUUAUAUAGGAUCAAAAGUCAAGAUUAGAACUUCUGACAAAGGAAAAAGAACAAGCUGAUGGAAGAAUACAUAAUCUUAGCGAAGAACUGGAUAAUUCACGAAAAGAUGCUGGGGUAGGAAUAACAAUUUGAUUUGUACUGUAUUAGUAUUUAUUAUAUAGUAUAGAGAGUGAGAUACUGAAAAAUACACAGUGAGAUAUUUUCCAUAUAUUCACUAGUGAAGAUAUCGAUCACGUAACAAUUUGCUUUUGAGCGUGAAAUUUCACAAUAUUUUGCUUGGGACUAUAUAAUAAACAGAACAUUACACGGUGGCUUGAAGAUAUGACUUUUAUCUUCUCGUGUUAAAAAUUUGAGCACUCGAAGAUAAAAGUCAUAUCUUCGCGCCGCCGUGUAAUACCCUCUAUUUAUUAUAGUGCUAUACUGUAUAUAAUUUACAAUCUUAGUUUUUUAUAUCGGCCUAUUUGGUCGGGACGACUAAUCUUAAUUACUGUCAGUAUCUCCUUUAUAUGCUCCUUAGUCAAUAAUUUAGUCCAACCAGAAACGCCAGGAUUUCUCAUUGAUAUUGUUAUCUCGAAGACUGACAUAAAAACGUUUCGUAUUUUCACGUUUUUUAAAUAUAGUUACGUCUUUUUUAUGUAUUCGGCAUAUCAAGACACAUUAACUCUUCGUAUAUGUAGCUGCCAUCGUUGUUUUAUUGGGUUCUAGUCUGCGAACAGACCAAAGGUUUUAUUAUUUUUAAUGUACAGAGUUUGUAAGUACAAGUCGCUGAUUGGCUAUGAGGUAACAAACAACACAAUAAAUCAUUACACUUUCGCGCACGAUAGCAAUAUAUUUGCGCCUGCGCGGAUAAAAAACAAUGGACUUUUAAAUGGAUAAAACUCCUCAUUAGAUUGACAGUAUAUAGGAAAGAUGCAGAGUACAUUCCUCAUCCUUGAGUUUGUGAGUAAACUGUAUUGGAAUAAUUUCGUUAUUUUCAGGAAUUAAAAGAACGUUUAGAUAACUAUGGGAAUGACCAAGAAGAUAUUCAAUCAACUUAUCAGAAUAUGCAACGUGAGCAACUUGAAACAAGAAACAAAAACGAGGUAAUUUAUUUGUUUUGCUUCACACGAAGCUGUAUAUUUAGCUCAGUAAUAGUAACUGAAUCCCACAUAUAGGGCUCGAACCUGCACUACUGCAGUAAUCUUCCGAUUUGCUUGUCUGUCGUUCUGUCAUUAGGCUCUUUGCAGUUAACUAAAAAUAUUUUAGAACAAUAAGUCACUGGAGAGCUGUGGGAUUUGUAAAUAAAGAAGUGAAACAAAUAUAUAUAUAUAUAUAUAGAUGCUGUUAUGCAAAGUGUUUUUAGGCCACCUGCAAAGAGCCUAUAUUGAGCUAUAAAAUGGAACUUGCACAUACACUGUUGUAUAAUGUACUUGUUGGUCAACAAGGAAUUAACGAGUUACCUUUUGGCCCAAAAUAAGGCAACAUGUUUCCCAGGAAACUAGCAAUGAACAUGAGUACUGCUCAGCAUUACAGUAUGUCAUUUCCAUUCCUCGCGUUGCCAGUGCGUUCCAAAUAGCGUUUCGUUUCGGACGCGUUGGAACACAGUUGAACGGUUACUUUUGGGUGGCACUCCACUGUUUUACGCUAAGUCAACAAAUUAGCGAUAGUUGAUAUUACAGUAUGCCAAUUCAUAGAGUGUGCGACGCAAGUUGAUUUCUAACAUUACUCUGUAGCAUAAUGCCAAUCGCAAUUUGGGUAAAUGUGCGGUAGUGAGUUUUCAAAAAUAUGAUUUCAUUUUGGGAUUUUAUUUCUCUAGGAAUUAAAGAAACAAAUAGAAGAAUUACUGUAUAGUAAGAAUGACUUAGCUAAUUCCCUGAGUUUGAUAAGUGGACAAAACAAUGAACUUGGAGAAAAUAACGUGGAGUUAAAAACAAAAUAUGAAGAAGUGGCACACGAGCUUGCUGAAAUGAAUCAAAGAAACAAGGUAGUAGCCAUACCAGCCUGAGGAGAAUCAACAUCCACAGAGCAUAGUUUGUUGAAAUGUGUAUUUCUGUUUUGUUUAGGAAUUGUCGGUUCAGUUGCAAACCGUAAAUCAAGAAUAUUCUCAGAUAAAGAACAUUAAUAACAAUAUUCGCCAGAAACUUGAAGCAGAAGAGAGACAUAAAAGCGUAAGUACAGGCAGUAUUUUCACGUUUAAGCAGAAGUUUAAGAACUUUUUGACUUUACUGAUGUAUAUACAGGUAGUUUUUCGCUCGAAAUUCCCUUCCACGAGAAAUGCCCAUGCAAGAUUUUCAAUAAUUAAUCUAGUUUAGGCUCAUCCUCUCCAGAGGGAAUACAUUACCAUGUCAGUUCGGUUCUGCUUGCGUCAGGAGACGUUAUACUGUAUACUGUACAGUAUAUUUUUUAAAUAAUCCAAUGUAAGUCUGCACGUAUUGUGAAUGUUCAAGCUAUGAAUAGGGUAUUAAUGAUAGCUAUCUUUCACCAGAGGUCAUCCCUUGUCAGUACACCCUUUCGAUAAUUACGUCAUUUGGCCUGGGAGCCUCGCUCUCAUGAAUUGUGAGCCAAUCACCUUGCGUAAUUUACUAAUGAGAGCGAGGCUCCAGGACGAAAAAUGAUGUGUGACAUAAUUAUCGAAAGGGUGUGAUGUGUGUAUAUACAGUACGGUGAGCUCUAUAAAUGUACUGUAUAUCUGGAGUAAGAACUUCAGUCAUUCGGCUGUGAGAAAAGUGAAGCCAAGAUGGUGGAAGUUGACGUCCAAAAUCUACGCAAGUCGCAGACAGUUGUCAUACCAUUUUCCCCAGCUAAUUCUAUUUUUUCUAACGGAUUGUAUCGCUAUAAUGAAGUUAUCAUGCAGUUCAUAAAACCAUAAUAUUAUUCUUUGAAUCAAAACACGAAAUUUCGACACAUUUCGUGCCAAUCUCGCAGACAAUAAAUAGAAAGGGACUGGCACUGGCUGUCAAUGGCACUGGCUGCCGCCAUUUUUUGCUUCACUUUUAGGACGCGUGUACUUAAUACUCCAGAUAUAUAUGGAGUGCACUGUGUAUAUAGGAGCUACAUUAGAUCACUCAUGUGAGUUUGAAGACACUAGAUUAGAGUGUCGAAACGGAUCGUGAAUUUAAUUAGAAUAUGCAUGGCCAACAGCAUGGGUAUAAUAUUCAUUUACUUAAACCAGAAUAGCGAAACAUAUUUGAAGUAAAAUACAUGUACACAACAAUAGUAACUCCGAAUAUUGAAAGCAUUUUUAUUUUCUACGUUUCGAUUUAGUCAUCUUCAGGAACGGAUUGUCGAAACGUAGAAAAUAAAAAUGCUUUCAAUAUUCAGAUGUAGGCUACCGUUGUUGUGUAUUUUAUGAGAAUACUCAGUGGUUCCCGUAAUAUUUGAAGUGUAAACCAUGUUUUAAAAUCUGCCAGUUACACAGCCAGCACUGUUUUAGUAUGUCAGUCAAAUUCUGCCUUGCACGUCACGUCGACAACUCUUGUUCAUUGAAGUAUUACGAAAAUCACCGAACUGUGGAAUCGCAUCAAAAAUUCGUAUAUCGACCACUCCCACAAACGUCUACGACCACGCCUACAUUCGACUACAUAGUUUUGCAUGUUUACAAUUCUAAUUUUGAACAGCCAAUCAGGUUCUUGGUAAUUGGCUGUUUAAAAUUAGAAUUGUAAACGUGCAAAACUAUGUAGGCGCGGUCGUAGACGUUUGUGGGAGUGGUCGAUAUACGAAUUUUUUAUGCGAUUCCACAGUUCGGUGACUUUCGUAAUAUAAAACCUUUAAAACAUCAGGCACUUGUCCUGAUUUGAUCAUAUCACCGUUACAAUCCGUUUUUCUGGAAUCCAAAUUACAACUACUUUUUGUUUUGUAGAAUGUUAAUGAAGAAAUAGAAAAAUUAAAAGUUGAAAAAGAAAAGUUUACCAAAGCAUGUCGCUCGCUAAAAACAAGUCUUGAGGUAGGUUAAUGAUGUAUAGGACAUGCAUGAUUCAAAACGAAGUCCAAGGUAUUCAAUAUCGUAAAUAAAGUUGUUAAAUUAUAUGUGUAAGUCUGGCAUGUCUUGGCAUGAAACAUGAUUGGACUUGACCUUUCAGAAACCUGUACUUUAUGUACAGUACUUCAUUUUAACGACUAAGUACACCUUGAGUAUUACAGUACCAGUUCAAGUACGCGGGCAAUAACCGUUGGAGUACCACUAGAAGUCUAGAAUUAUCGCACCUUGCCGUAUGUCAACAAUAUCUAAAGUACAUUAAUUACACUGUUAAGAAUAGAACAGGGUGAGUAAAAAAACUAAUACCUUCGCGGCUAAUUUGAAUAACAAAGGUGUCAGUUUUUUUCUCACCCUGUAUACAUAUCAAUCAUGGCUACAUUUGAUUUGGUCUACAAUACUGACUGUUAUACAGUAGCACAUCUUCUAUGACAACCGAAAUUCAGUCAAUUAAAUUUGCGUGUAGAUGUUUGUAAGAUUAAUUUCUUUCCAUAGCUCGCACAUGCAGGUAUUUAGUAGGUUAUAAACCUUUACUUAAAACCAGAUGCCGGUCUUGUUUCAUUGCUAGGACGGGGGGGGGAGGAUAUUUGUUCAGGGCCGGGCUGCUUUAUCAUUUCAUCUACCUGCAGAAGUUCCAAUUAUCAUGAAAAAUUUUAUAACCACUGGCAAACACUCGCGCAUUUUCUAGCGCCGGCUUAAGGUUUUAGGUUUUUUUUUUUUUUUUUUUUUUUUUAACAGCUUUAUUAGGAACUUAAUAUUACAUUAAUAAGGUACAAAUACAACAAGGAUGCAGUUCCUAAACGGGAAAAUAGCGAACGGGCCAUAAUAGCCCAUGCGAGGCUACCUCCCGAUUUGACUUCUGUCGACAAUUACAAAUUUACAUAAAAUUAAAAAUUUAAAAUCGUUGAAAGCACGUUUACACACAUUCAGGCCAAAGUGAUAGGACCUAUGUUAAAAUAAUUCUUUGCACACUCUGCACUAAAAAAAUAAUUAAAAUAAAAAAUAAAUAAUAAAUAAUUUAAUAAUAAAUAAUUUAAAAUAAUUUGCACACUCUGCACUCCUAAUGAGGAUAAUUUAAUUCGUAUUUUCAAGUGUCGUUUAUUUUAUAUGUCACAGAAGAAUACCUGUGCUGUGCCUCAAAAAUAUAUUUCAACAGUAUACUAAAACUGUCUGUACCAGUGUGGGUAGUACCAAUGUGAAAAUGCUGUGUUGAGUGGUUAUAUUACUACCUUAAAAAAUAAUAAACAGAAACUCAAGGUAGUAAUAUAACCACUCAGCACGGCAUAUUUCAACAGUGCAUGGUUUCAAUUUAUAGGAAUCAAAGAAAGCUUUAGAUCAAACAACGUCAAACUACGAAAGCCAGAAACAAUUGAUUCAAAAUCUCCAACAAGACAAAAAGAAAAUGACGCAAUUGAUAAAGGUAUUGAUACAUUAUGUUGUAAAUAACCUCAUUAUCAUAAUGCAGUUGUUUUGGUUUUCUUGAAAUUAAUGGAUAAAUAUCUGGAAUCAAUGUAAUAUUAACCGUUAUAUAAUGUUUCAGAAACUAAAAGGGAGUGCCAGUCUGAAUACUGAUGAGAAACAAAAAUCAGCCAACAAGGUGAGAUACUUCUUGUAAACAUUUAGAUUAAUAUCAUUAGUAUGGAUUAAGGCAAAAUUUAAGCACUCGGCGUUUGAUUUUCAUGGUGGUUGUUUCCCAAAAUAUUUUUGAAGGGGAUCAUGUGCAUGAUAGUUCAAUAUGAUAAUUAAUCAUAACCUACUGGAAUGCGAUGAAAUGGAGGCAGAAUACACAUAGGCUUAUACAGUAUACCAUUCUACGAAAAAGUGGGAGAAAUCAACAGCAUCGAGCUCAUAAUAUUAUAAUAAUCAGAAAUUAUUACAGUGCAACAGGCUAUACAGUGUAAUACAUGCAUGUGUGUAAUAGACACGUUAGGUAUACAUGUAGUAUUAAAUUUAAAAUCUGGUGCCAAAAUUGUUCUAGUGCUUUAGUGUUUAUGGUAAGGUCUAACAUUAAUUGAAUCUGACAAUUUUAAUAUUCCCAUGUCCACUGUCAUUAUGACCUGCUCGGUUUACUUGACUCUUCCCAAUAUUAUACGAUCCACCUCCACCCCCACAUGAACCGCUCACAUUAUCACCUGAUGCUCCUCCUGAGUACCCUCCUCCUCCUCCAGCUCCCCCUCCAUUCCCGUAUGCCCCACCCCCUCCUCCAAAACCUCCCUCACCGUUUCCUGUCGAAGAGCGUCCUCCUGUACCUCCUUGGAGGAACCCUUUGCCUCCUUCCCCUCCAUUUCCAUACGCACCACCAAAAGCUGUACUACUUCGACCAUUGCCGUUGAAACCGCCUCCACCUCCCCCUGGAAAGUAAAAGAACAUUGGUUAAACGAUAAGUAAUCCAGGAGGAGACGCAAUUGAAGAAUAAUAUUGAAACCUAGCAAGUGACUUUCAAAACAAGACACAACAAAAAGAAUAAAUUGAUUAACUUCAGAUAAAGACGUUAGUUUGGGGACCCCAGGAGACAAAUUUUAAAGGCUUCAAAGAGUGGCGUUUAAGGCUUCCAAUCUAAUUCUCAUAGUGACAUACAUCAUUUGUUCCUGGUAUAUUGAAACAUUCACCCAAUGGAAAUGUCUGGUUAAAUCGCUGAAUCGUGUUGCCGUUGAAAUGUUAAUAAGUGAAAUUCAAAAGAGUUGUGCACAGUGUAAUCGUCUGAACAUAAAAUCGUAGCUUAUUAUAGACGUUUUGAAGUUUUUGUCGAUUUUGCAAAUGAUGGAACAGUUGAUACUGUACCUACCUGAAUUAGACGCAUCGGCAUUCAAUCCACCCUUUCCACCAACACCUCCAGCCCAGUUUGCACAGGCAGAAUCGCACUGAUUAUUUCUUCCUGAUGUUCCUGUAUUUGCAUCGCUGUUUGCCAGACGAGAAGUAGGCGAUUCAAUUCCUCCACCUCCUCCAGCAACCAAUAGUGGAACAUCUGUUGAGGUCGCUACAAACGUACCCCCUCCCCCACCCGAGCUUGGGUAGGCAGUGUUCUCCACACCUGCUUGACCGACUAAAAGUGCAAUCACAUCUCCUUUUUUGAAGUCAAAAUCUCCUUGCAUGUACGCACCACGACCUAGAUAGGUUAAUUCAAUAAUUCAGUAGAGGUCCGGGUGAAUUUAAUUAUAUCUACUAUUUAGAUAAUUUUUGUAUACUAGAUUAAGGGGAGCUUUUUUGGUAUGUUACGUAACACGCGCUCAAAACUAAUGCGUAUAAUAUAUCACUUGAGGUUAUGACUAAAUUCAAAAUUUUUAUUUUUCGAUACGUUUCUCAAUCGGCAAACAAACUUAAAAAGUAUGUUUAGUGCUUUAUCUGUAAAAUAAUGCUAAAAUGAAGAGAUCUUAGAUGAUACGCCAAAGAGAAAAUGAUGUCUGAAGUUCCGUAAGUUUUGCUUAUAUGUCUGUAAAUAUGGCGUCAAUUUUAAAGCAUCAUUGAUAAUUGUAUUUUAAUUGACAAUUUUUAACUAUUAUUUUAUGUUUCUCAACUGGCAGAUGCAUUUAAAAAGGUAGCUAACUCUAUAAACUAGAGAAUAAAGCUAAAACAAAGUAAUUUUGAGAGGAACGCCAAAAAGAUUUUAGGUUUUGAACACUUUUCAUUGCAAAUACGUGACAUUGAAAAAAAAAUGCCUCUUAAUAUGAACAGUUGCUGAUUUGUACGUUAAAAGUUACCAGUUCCUGUAGGAAAAAUAUACUUCCUUGCCCAAAACAUGUGCCACAAAAAUGCGUUUCAAUUUAGUGUCGCAUAUGUAUGUAUCAUAUUCUAUAAUUAAUUUUACCAUGACUUUUACUUUGUUAAGUAAUUUGCAUAUUAAUUAAGUAGAAAAACUACGUGUGAAUUAACGUUAACCAAGUGUGGAUAAUUAAUUAAUUAAUUAAUUAGCAAGUUAAUUAGAAUAUGGUAUAAAAAUUCAGUCUAUUAGAAAUUGAAUCAUGUUACAGGUUGUUGACAUGACAAUCUGCAUCAAUAAAUAUGACAUGGGCCUUUCUAACAAGAAAUUUUACCGUACACUAUAUCAAUGAGAACAGUUAUAUAUAGCUGAAUCAGUUUAUGAGCAGAAAAAUGAAUAAAUACGAAAUUUAUCACUCGUUCAUUUCACUGGGAAAAAUACAAUACCUCUCGCUCCUGACCCCUUCUUGUCGUACCCCCCGGCAGCACCCACUGCUGUUAUCUGGUAUGUACCAGAGUAUGGUACUGUCCAGUACUGGAUACCAUUACUAACUGCCACCAUAUGUUCAUGAUCUUGACCAACAUAAUGUGUACUAAGUGAUGUAGGGCCAGUGCGACCAUUUGCACCAAGAUUUGUAAAUGUCGCUUGAAAUGGUUGAAACUCGAGAGUUUGAUCUAAGGACAAAUAAGAUAUUCCCUGGAUCAGAGAGUUUCCUGUUCCGCUGAACCUUUAAGCGGCAAUUCAGGGGCAGAGUUGACAAACGUCAGCUCCAAGGGUGAAUAUGUAUGAUGUGGACAUAAAUAUAAACCAGUCUAGUCCUAUAGAUUAGUGCUAAGCCUUGUUGAAGCUUGUAAUCUCGCCCACUGUUGAUGAGCGUGAGAUCCUUAUGUGACAUCACCGCUCAAGGUGCUUCUUGACUAAAAAAUAUAUCUCAUUUUCCGCGUAAUAAUUAUACGAUAAGAAAUUAAACUUUAAUUUUGUAUAUAUAAAAAUUUGUUUAGUAGUAGCUGAAAAUAGUUUUAUAGCUAUAUGAAAAUAUUUCUUAAAUACAUGAACUUUGUCUAUUGGUAUUAGUAGUUCUUUGCAUCAUGAAAUUUUUAGUUUGAUAUCGAAAAUAAAUUAAUGUUUUUUUUUAUUUUGCUGCCAGGAUAAUCAUAUGAUAUCUCGUGCUGCUUUUAGUUUGGAAAAUGCAGUAUUUUGUAUAGCACUAAAAAGACCAGUUACUUUUUAAGUAAAACGCAAGCGAAAUAGCGUUUUAAUCUUACCAUUAAUUUGUUCUGACGAUAUUGGUUUGAAAUCUUUUUGAACCUGAAGGAAGAAAAAUAGUGAAAAUUAUUGGGUGAUCAAAUAAAAAUAUGUAAAUUAUUUGGUUAAAGCAAUUGAGAAAGAAAAAUAGAAAUAUCUGAACGAAGAAGUUCGCUUCAAUAUACAAGAUAAAGCAAAUUGAAAAAUCAAAAAGGUCAAAAAUAUGAAGUUUGAUUCAAACACCACUGUGUUUUAGGUCAAGACAUGCACGAGUCGACAGUUCAAGAGAUUGUGAAUAGAUUUCUGGCAUUCUAUAUAUACCUGAACUGGUUCCAAGUAAUCAAAAUUUUCAUCUGUGACAAAAUUGUUAAGACUUGUUAGAUGUGUCAUGUUAUUUAGUUCACAUAUUUUCUGCUUGUCAAUCUUUCUUCCAUGUUUGAAAUUUAUAGAUUUGCACUUUGAAUAACGUGAUAAACAUAGCUGAGCACAAUCUAAUAUGCUGUUCACUUUUUUCACGUAAAACGUGCUGGACUCUUUCAAACGAGAAUCUAUAUUAAUUAAAAUAAUUCAAAAAUUAAAGUUGUUAUGUUUGACCUCUGCAUGUCACCUAUAUUUGUAGUGUUUCUAAUUAAUGCAUUGAAAGUUUACAAAUGAAAUAAGACGAAAGGAAUCAUUUAAAAUGGUGGGGAUAGCUACAGUAUAUGCCAUACGCGGCAUAUGAAAAUCUGGCUGAGACCGGAGUGGUAUAUUUAUGAAAAGUAAAGUAUAGGCAACACGAAUAUUAUUUUUGUUUCAAUUUAAAGAAGGAAAGAAAUUAAACAUCUUGUAUAUUUUCAUGAAGCAAUGCAUAUUAAAAAAGCAAGGAUGCUGGUAAUUUAUGGAUAUAUACAGCUUGGAACAUGCUAUAGUCUGGACGUACGAGCAUUAUAGUGAACAUUCUGGCUCAUAUGAACUGGCCCUUAUUGGUGUAAUAUAGCAAGACGAGAGUUUGAGCAAGUCUAUUUAACAAUCCUUUUGAAUACCUUUAGCAACAAGUGAUAUGGCUGCAUUUAAGUUCGUCAUUUUUGAUACAGAAAUUGUGUUGAAGAGAAUUGUGGUAAAUAGUGCCAGUCCCCAACACGACAUAUUUUUACUUCUCUCUAUUUUAUCCUGAAAUACAAAUACCUGCAAUUAACCUAGUUACAAGGGCGUCAAUCACAUAGGGUAUAGGUGGACCUAAAUUCCAUCACCAUUUUUUGGACAGGGGGGAUAAAGUAAUCAUAAUUUACUAUCAAUUUAUGUCUUCAAACCCAGGAAAUAUUUUCAUGACGACUUAAUGCCUGUCUUGGAGGACACGCAAUGUUUCAAUUCUAUUCCAGAACAUCCUCAGAGAGAUGAGAAACCAGUUUCGUAUUAUUGUGACACUGUCGAGAACUGCGCGUCCUUCAAGACAGCCGUUAAGUCGCCACGAAUAUAUUCGGUGCACUUAAAUUGGAUAAGACUCGCUACCAAUCCCCAUUGACUCGAUAGCUCAAUGGGUAUAGAGUGGAGGUUUGUGGAGGUCUAGAAACCCGAAGAUGCGAGUUCGGUCCCCGCUCGAGACAACGAAUUUACUCUGCAUUGUCAGAAUUAUAUGAAACUAGUUUUUGAGAUGUUUUCCAAACCUCUGAGGAUGGUUCUGAAAUAGAUACUGCGUUUUUCACUCGACCUUGGAACGCCAAUUGUUUUGUCGAAAUAUUGAACGCUUAAACGAAAUUGGCGUUGACAACAUAGUAGGGAGCUUUAGCAACGAGUACGAAAUUCGUCAAGCGAAACGCAUCCUGUAUGCUUACGCCAUCCCGCGGACUGACGCGAAAAAGUCGUAUAUAUAGCCGUCGCCCAUCUUGUAGUCCUCACGACGACUUUUUAAAAAACAAAGAAAGUUUUUUUUUCUUCUUUUCUGCAAAAACAAAGCGUGUUUAUCUGGCGAAUAAUCUAUCAAUGGCAAUGCUAAAUAUCUGGCUUGUUUUUAACUCCACUCAUUCAUGAUUUAUUUGCACUUAAUUCGUGUCUUGUUUCUCAUAGAAGGGGCUAAUCUUGCAGGGGAUGUUAGCCUGCAUGAGAUUUAAUUUAUAGAACUUUUUCUCGUUUGUUUACUGCUAUAAUAUAAAACAGAAACGACUACGACUUCCUCGCACGCGAUCGAAUCUCGUACUCAGCUCCCUAUAGUGUCACCGCCUUGACAACAUUCAUCGCGUGACGACAAAACAUUAAUUCGUUUGUUAAUUCAAACAUUUCGACAAAUCAAUUGCCAUUCCAAGAUCGAGUGAAAGUCGCAGUAUGGCACGCGUGCUGCAAAUUUUCAGUUGAAUUAUUUCUCGUUUCUGACCGGUUUCAACAUUAAAUAAUUUAAUUUAAGAUAGAUAAAGACGCCCUGCGAACGAUAUCUGUUACUUACAUUUUCUUUAGAAUAUACAUAUGUGACCAGUAAGGAAUUGCAAUUAAGCCUUUAAUAAUUUAGCAGGCUGCCUAAUACAUACAGCAAACAAAUUUAAUCCUUUAAUUCGUUAGUGCUAUUGCACUGCAUGCAUUGCCAUAGUAACCUCCGGGUAUGCAUUUAUAAAAUACAUACACUAAUUUACAAUACCAUAAAGAUAGAGCAUGUAGUAUAGUUUGGCGUACCUCAAAAUUCUUAACUACCGUCGAGAUCUCGGUGAAACUGGUGAUGUGAAGUGAAUACGUCGAGGUUGGCCAAAUUAUACUUGACUAUACAUCAAUUUAUAAUUAUAAUGGAACAUACAGGCUCUUAUGUAUUGGUUCUCAUAUUAAAAUUAUCAAACUUUUGUAAUCCAAUAUUGAUCAAAUCGACCCGAACGUCAUUUUAUAUAGCAGCCAUGAAUAAUUAAGGUGGAUUUCCACUUAGGCCUGAUUUCACGACCGCCAUUUUCUCCACGAAAUGCGAAAAAUUUCGCACGAAAUGAAUUAACGCAAUGCAUACAGUAGUAAAGCCCUGAUUCCACGACGGUGAAUUUCUUCGUGCGAAAUUGUGUGUGCGAAAUGUGAUGGUUGCACAUGAGUGAUUCUGUUGAAUUUUGUCGCUUUCGCAGUGAGUAGAAUGGAUUUCUCUCACUGGUGAAGCGAAAUUUUUUCUCGCGAUGCCUAAUUUAUCUUUAUACUGCGCAUGCAGCAAUUCAUUUCGUGCAAAAUGUUUCGCAUUUCGUCGAGAAAAAGGCCUCGUGGAAUCAGACCUAAAAAGGUGGUUUCCACUUGCAGAGAAAUAUUUCACUGUCGAAAUAUUUCACUUGAUUUCUUUUGAAUUGGAAAUCCAGCUUUAACGCCCGUAUUCUAAAAGCACACUCACACUCAAUGAGUGGAGAUUCAAUCUGAGCUUCUCUUGAAUGUCAAUUGCUGUUUUUGAAUAGCUGGAGGGUUCGUGUCGUACCUUACUAUGUGAUUACUCACCCUCAAGCUAUUGAAAACAGCACUGACACUCAAGAAAAGCUCAUACUGAACCUCCACUCAUUGAGUGUGAGUGUGAGUGAGCUUUUAGAAUACGGGCGUUAGGCAAUCUUAGACGACGCAAUGUUUGCUGCAACUUGCAUCGUAAUUUCGGAUACGGAACCUAAAGCCCUGGGCAAACUAGGAAACGUUGAGGAAACAUUUGAGAUUCUCGAUGUUUCCUCAAAUGUUUCCAUGUUUGCCCACCAGUGUUGCGGAAACAAAAUUUGCUUCCCAAGAAGCAAAAAUGUUUCCUACCAAAUUCAGAUACAUUUGAUGUUUCCCUAUGUUUCUCACUAAUGUUUCCUAGUGUUUGCCCACUCUGGGAAACAUGGCGAAACAUUGGUAGGAAACAAUGUUUCCGCAACAAUGUUUCCUAGUUUGCCCAGGGCUUAAAGAGUAUAGGCGCGGCCCGCAUUCUACUUGGCCAACAAUUUCUUUACAUAACAUACCCUUAAGUGAUGAAAAAUAGAAGAAAUGAGAUGAGAAAUGUUGGCAGAAUAAACAGUAGGCAAUGCUUACAAUUUUUCUGCGACAAUUCCCUUUUGAUCACAUGGUUCUGUAUCCGAAAUUAAGUUGCAGCAAAAAUUGCCUGGUGUAACCUUUAUAAUUGGUAACAAUAUUUUUCUUUACAUACCUUCCGGUUUUAUUUUAAAAACUGCGUAGCGUUGCCUUUUUGAUAUAACAAUAGACAAUAGUCUUAUAUACACGGUGCUUAAUAUAGAAGCUGGACAAUGUUUGUCAAAAUACUAUUGUGGAAACUUAUAUUUUAUAUUUGACACUCAUGCUUGAUCCAUGUUUGACACAAUGUAAAUUAAAUAGCAUAUUCGGACGCAGCGACUUAAAUUAUUUUCAACCGAGUUUGUAAUAAUUUAAACUAGUUUUAAUGAAAACUAAUUUCGGGAUAUCCCUUAAUUACUCGCCUUUUAAUCAAAAAUGUUCUUUAUAUACUUUUGCAAAUGUAUUUCAAGCAGAAAUGAGGAAAAGAUGGGAAAAAAUAAGAAAAAAAUUGGGAAAUUGGGAAAAAAAUAAGAAUAUAACAUACAGUCCUGUACAUGCAGCUGAGUAAUUAGUGCAUGAAAAGCAGAUGGACAGACAAGGCAAAUAUCAAAUUAGAAAACUUAAAUUUAAAUAAUGCACAUUGCAAAACCAAGAAACACAAUUUAAUAUUUUAAACACCUUUUACAGUAGCCUGCGAAUACAGACGCCUCACAUCGGGCGAAAAUGUAGCGCCCAGUGUGAGGCGUCUGUAUUCGCAGACUACUUUCAUAGGUCGAAACGCAUUUUAUAUUGAAAUAAAAUUCCAGAUUUUGUAAUUCUUGCCAUUGGACUUUGGCUAACACAUUUGUGUUACAAACAAAUGUCAUUACUUUUUCAGUUGAACUCCAAUCUCGUACCCAGAGCAUGCCUGUUCGCAGGUUACGUGCUGCGCAUCUAAUCCAUAGAACUAAUCACGCCUUACAGCUGCAUAAGUGCAGAGGACGCAGCUGAAACGUAUACCCGAGUCGAUGGCGUAUUAUAGAGGGCGCUUUUGGCUGCAACCGUGCAUAUGACCCAUACCACGCAGCACAACUAAAGCCCGUUUUCCACUAGGCUUAUUCUGUGACUAGGCGAAUUUGUUAUUUCUAUUUGUUGUGGAAUUAGUUUCCUUUUAUUAUUACCAUAAACCUCCGACUAUAAGCCCUGGGCUUAUAUUCUUUCGUGCAUGAGCGAUUUUUGAUGGGCUUAUUCCCAGGGAGGGGGGGUUUAUAUACAGGGGGGCUUAUACAUGAUAUUCAUGGACGAUCAUUUGUGUUGGUAAUAAACAUGUCAGUCAUAAACAGGAAACUAAACAUGUAUUAAUAACGUGCUUUGAUUAACAUAGUAAGCUAUAAAGACAAUGGCAAUGUUUUUAAAUAUCGUUCUCUGCUAUAUUAAAAGACCGAAUGUCAAUGUUGAAUAACGUAGUGGGCUACUGGGCUUAAUUUAUAUACGGGGGACUUAUAUUUGGGAGGCUUAUAUUCGGGGGGGGGGCUUAUAUUUGGAAUGAGGUGAGCGUUAGUACAUGUGGGGGGCUUAUACACGGGAGGGGGCUUAUUUUCGGAGGUUUACGGUACGCGAGGUCGGAGUCGUUACAAACAUAAACGUUAUUUGAAGUUAUUUUUGUUGUCUGUCCUGUGUUGUUCUGCUUUCACACUCUGUGUAUACUCUGCAUUCAUCUUUUUUUAUACUAACGGUCCUGGAGAACUUGUACAUGUGACUGAAAAAGGUGGGCUGAUUCCACAGCAGCCAGUCAGCAUUAAGGUGUAUAUUGUUGACCUGUCGCUCCAGCUCUACAACUCUACAAUUUAAGGUGUUGUCCACUAUAAAAAGAACAUUUUAGUCUUCGAACAGGCACUCGUACCUUGUGAAAUAACGGUGAGACACUAAAUUACAGUUUUUUCACCAAAUGCUAAAUUGGUCAGAUAUUUUGUCCGGACUAGAACUGUAAAAAGCAGUCUGUUUUCUUGAAAGAAUAGGUUAACCAUAAGCUGUGUCCGACCAAAUUUGAAAGUUUUGUAACCAGAGGCAACGCUGUCAGUAACGUUACUUGUAAAGCUGCUAUAUGGAUCAUCCGAUUGUGCAAUACACUUCUUCCAUAAUUGCGUCAUGCUUUCCCGGCGUGUAAUACAAAUUAAUACAAAAUUUGCAAAUUUCGCAGGGCUAUAUUUUCCGCAUUUUACAACAUUUCGCGGCCAAACUUUGCAAUUUUACUAAUUUUAACAUGUUCUUUCUCAGUGUGGUGAUGGAUUUUGUUCUUCUUGCCUAGAUCAAAAUUUAGUCUAUAGCUGGAAUUGCCUAUUGUUGUAAAGAUAAAAUAGUCUAUAGGCUAAAUGAAUAAUUAAGUAAGCGUAAUACUUGAUGUAAAGCGCAUUUGAACAUAUCCACAUGCAAAUUUGCGUUAUAGAAAUAUUAAUCGUAAUCGUGUUCAAUUUUUAAUAUUCUUUGAUUGAACAUAUUAUUUCAGUUUAAUAACGAGCUUACUAGUUAUAUCUAUUAACGUUUUGAUAUUUAUAGUAUGAACAUGAAGCUGUGAUAUCCGAACGAGACGGUCUCCUGUUGUCUUUGAAAGAAACUCAAAAGGAAAAUGAACAACUGCAUGAAAAUUACAAGGUAGUAGACUUUCUCCAUGAUAACGUCGAUAUGUUAUAAUUUAUCUCCUCGUAUGACGUUGCUCGUGUUAGACCUUUGCUCACGUAAAACUUACACACCGCGAUCAAUGGAAAUCGACCUUCACUUUUACAGUGGGUUAUUAAGGAGGUUCCGCUGCAGGGCUAGAAUAGAUUGGUUUCACUAGCUGAAAGCACUAUCGUGCAGUGGGCAACUGCUAACUAUAGUCACAAAAGUGAGAAUUCUUUUCAUUUUAUGCGAUAGUUAAGCAUUUGAAGUCGAAUAAAUAUAAUUGAGACAUAUGGACUAUUUCGUAACAUUGUUGACACCGUAUGCUGCUGAGUGCUGCCCCCUACUAAACCCCCAUGCAACCAAAGGGGGCCCCAAAUGAAAAUAAAGUGAAAUAUGCACAGAUCAAAUUAACUCCCAGAAUUUACCUUUCUAGACCUAGAUUUCAAAAUUCUUCUCGGGAAGAAUUCUCCCCUAGAUAAACUACCAAAGUACCGAAUGUAGAUUACGAAUAUUAUUUAAAUAUUCAAGACUAGAAAUCAGUUUUUCUGUAAUUGAGUACCUGACAUCAAAGAUCUCACAGGAAGGGGAUCAUUAGGGCGCCAAAAGUCAUACUUUAUCCCGAACCCCAAACGUUCCUGGGCGGCCUUACCAGUAAAGCCUGGAUGAAACGAGAAGUACAUGAGAGUUGGCAGUCACGCGACCUUGGUUAGCUGUUCUUAAGUUUUUCCAACACUAAUGUAUUCUGUUUAAGUUAAAACAUAGUCGGAACACUCACCAAACCUUUGUUUUGUUAAUCUAGAGUUUCCCCCAUUUUGUUAAUCUAGAGCUGCCUUCCCCCUCCCCCCAUAAUAAUUAUCAUGCAUCCUCGUUUGACCUGCAGGGCUUAAAUUACUGAAACUCUCCAUGCAAUAUGGUAUUAUUGGUGUCACGUGUUUCCCAUUUUUAACAAGAUUUCUAUUGUGUUCCAGUCUCUUGAAAAACAACAUGAAAAUGUGGUGUUUGAAAAGGAUGAACUACAGGAGGAACUAGCAGAAAUUACUCAAAUUAACAAUGUAAGUCGUUUUAUUUUAUAUACAAACACUUUUUACAGUAUCUAAAGGUUAGAACACGCAUGUGCUCUGUGGGAUAUAGAGUGCCGAGAAUUAGAAAAAUAAUUAUUAGGAUAUAGUAAGAGAAUUAGAAAAAAUCUACAUAGCUUACAAUAUUGAAUUCGUUAGUGAACUCUACAUGCAUAGAACUGCUAAUGAAUCAAGUUGCACCACUCUCAUUGGUGGUUUAUACAGUGUAUUGAAUUCCCCGAUGAGAGUGCAUGUUUAGCAGAUCUAUAAUGUAGUUUGAUAUUUAUCUAUGACACAUCUCGAAUUCUUUGUUAGAAACUAGAGCAAGAUGUAAACAACUUGGAAAAUGAGAAAUCACAUUUGGAAACCGCCAUGAAAGAUGUGAACGAUGUUUUACGAGAUGAAAGAAAGAAGAUGGAGGAUAUAUUUGAUAAUAUGAAGGAAGAACUCAAGUCUAACAUGCAGAUGAAUGAAGUAUGUUAUCAUGCAUAUGCAAUACUGCUCGGGAAUAUCCUAAAGCCCCGUACAGAGUUCCUUGACAUGUUUACUUGCUCGGGGGUACGACGAAACAAUUUUUGUGGAUUUUCUUUGGCAUGUUUUACAAGUCCAAAGCAACUUAAUACAACAAAUUAACAACAGCUAAAACUGUAUGCGAUGCCACACUUCAAAAGCAAUUUUUUUUCUGAAUAAACAAGAUUAAUGGCAAUGGCCGUUAGAAGACUAGUGCUCAUUGACGUAUUGCGCGAUUGCUUGUCAAGUUUUUCUUGAUGGCCGUACACACGAAUAAUUUUCCUUAUUCAAGAGCUGGCAUAUAACAACGCUCUUUGUCUGGGAAAAAGUUGCCUCAAAUUGUCAAUUUUUGCCGUACACACGAACAAGAAAAAAUUGUUAAGGAGGAUUGUGAAGGAAAACUCGGCUGUAUACGGGGCUUAACAAUGUGUUUACGUCCCAUGCAGUUGCAUUUCUAUAAUGGCGUUCAGAAACACUUUCCGCUUACACAUCGUAUAAUAAAAUCCGCAAACUGUAUUCGAAGGCUAUGAUACCUCUUUUGUUAUAUUAUUUGUUAAAAAUGUCUCAAAGUAAACAUAGAUAAUAAAAAUCGAUUUCAAACUAACUUUUAUUACAAUGAUUUCAGGGAUGGAUCCAGCAUGGUCCGGUAGGGGGGUUGCUCUGCCCGCUCUGGUGCCGAGUUAUGUCGGUCAUGUGUGCCGCCCGCCCAUCAACUUGCUUCACUACUGCAAAGUCUUGCUUGACUAUUGUUUUGAAUUGUAAUUGUUGUUCACAGUUUGCCUAUGAUGAUGUUAUUUCUCAAAUUACUGUAUCUCAUUUGGUUUCUAAUAUUUUUUGCUUUAUCAUGAAAAAUAGCACCCCCUCUGCACCCCCCCCCCCUCCAUCCCUGAAUAAUUUUAUCAACCGGAAAAUUCGUAAUUAUGUCGUACAUAGACCUAUAAAUGACGCGCAAAAACGUUCUUUUAUGUAAACUGUCGUAUUUGAUCCAUUUCACAUAAUGAUAUUCAAAUUCAAAUUUCGACCAAUGAAGAAGCAUGAUUUAUUAUGUUCCUGUUUGGUUUUUUAGCUUUUAAAGAAACAGUUGACUCAAAUGACUUCGGUAAAAGAUGAACUAGAAGAACGUUUUGCUAAAAUGAAUGAAGAAUAUAAUGUUGUCCUUGACAAAAAUAAGGUAGAUAAAAUAUGAUUAAGAUAUAACUCCUAACUAUGUCUGGGCUUUAUUGUCAUAAUGCAAUCACAAUAUGUUCACAAAAUCAUUACUCGUUGUUUCCAGGAACUUGAAAAACAACUACAGUUUACAACAGGGGAAAAGAACAAGAUCCAGCAUGCACUGGGAGCAGUGAAAAGACAGUGGGAGGAACACCAGACAACAUGUGGUGGAAGUCAUAAGGUAUAUGGACAUUAUCCCAGUUUUUUACUCAUUAAAUUAUGAUGAUUUUAGGCAUCUCACUCGAUACAACUAAUUGUUGAAGGGUUGUGUAGACGGAAAUUUCAAGUGUGAAUUUUAUACAUUUAUUAGAUCUAACCAGGAGCAGUGACGAAAAAUGCAACCAUAGGCCCUCCGGCAUAGUUCGAUUCCUGCCAUGCAGAGCUCCUGGUUAGAUCUAUUAAAUGUAUAAAAUUCAGAAUCGAAAUUUCCAUCUGCAAAACCCUUGCACAAUUAGUUCUAUCGAGUGAGAUGCCUAAAAUCCAGAUAUUUACCCAUACACCUUACACUGGACAUCAUCUUAGUAAAUAUACAUGAACUUGCAGUUAUGGCUCGACAACUGGCAUCUAUAUCGCCCAGUUGGUUAGAGCGCUGCACCGGAAUCGCAGGGCCGCAGGUUCAAUUCCUACCAGAGGGCUUAUAUAGUUGCAUUUUUCGCAGCUGCUCCUGGUUAGGUCUGAUAAAUGUAUAAAAUUUACACUCGAUUUGCAUCUACAAAACCCUGCUACAUUAAAUUAUGACUAUUCCCUCGAGCUAUAGUUAUACGUAAAUAAGUAAGUCAGUGAGGGGUGCAUGUGUCUCACUUGCAGUUGAGAUCUAAGCUGAAUUGCAAAGGACGCAGUUCAACCUGGUCGAAUUAAAGGCUUUCUGAGGGUGCUUCUGGCAGCCACGUUAUGACUCAUGUCUGACCAAGGAGCACAGCUACGGUGGAAAGGUUAUAGUUAGGCGCUAAUCCCAACCCAGCCUGACAACAUCCCCUGUGGGAGGAAACCGGAUUACCCGGAUUUUAGUUACAAAAACUAAAUGAUGAUGUACUUUUAUUAUUACUAUUAUUUAUUGUUAUUAUUAUUAUUAUCAUUAUUAUUAAGUCUUUAUUAAAAUAAGGAAGGAGGCACAACAAACGUGGACUCGCCAUUACAAUUACAAUUGAGUAGAAUUAAUUACAGUGAUUAAUAGUUGAAUUAGAGUUGAAUUAUUUUUACAGUGAUUAAUAAAGUUAAAUAGCUAAUCUAAUUAAAAUAGUCAAAUGAGCAUCUAUUUAAAAAUGAGCUUUUAAAACGUUCAGUUUUGAUCAUAGGUAGGAUGAAUGAGUGUUUUCUUUCUCUUAAAAUUCUGGAUCUCCUUUCUGAGAGUAUAGUAAAUGUAUAAAAUUUACACUCGAUUUCCAUCUACAAAACCCUUCUACAUUAAAUUAUGACUAUUCCGUCGAGCUAUAGUUAUACGUAAAUAAGUAAGUCAGUGAGGGGUGCAUGUGUCUCACUUGCAGUUGAGAUAAUGAUUUCAUUUUCUGGGAUGUCUUCUCAUAAAUUUCUUUGGUAAAUAAAUUUCAAGGAAUUGGAAGAAAGAAUACAAAAUCUGGUCUCUGAAAAACUUGAGAUUGAAAAGUCGCUGGAUGGUAGUACGGUUGAGUUAGCAACUUUGGGAGACGAGAAACAGGUAAUUCGUGCAUCGCCAGAGUUGUCUUUUCGUCUCGGCUAUUUCAUCUGUGUUUAUUUGCCUGCCAAUGUUGGUUGAUUUUUUAUGAAAGUUGGUUGUUAUAGUUACAACAGUGGCGGACACUUUACGAAAUAUUGGGGGGGGGGUCUCGUGCCAAAAGAACGGAAAAUUUUUAAAUUUGAAUCCCGGAAAUGGCAUUUGCAGCAUUCUGAGAACACAUUUUGUAAAAAACUAGGUUUUCAAAACACUGUUUUAAUGGUGCGUUUUGUUAUAAAUCACAUGCUAAGCAUAGAAAACCAACAUUUCAGAGAAAAUAUUUACCUGAUUAUAUUUUCAUUUGUGAAUGGAAUUGCAAGGUGGUUUAAUUUAAUUAACACGCCAAUGACAAUGUAAAAAUUUAAUCGCUAAGUGAGUGAAAUUUAUUUGUUGCGCGCGCUUUUGUUUUUGUUAACAUAAAAUUGGAAUGUUAAUUGAAUUAUCCAUUGUUUUUUUAGCAUAAUAGUUUGAUACGCAUUCAAAUAUUAUUGCGCAGCAGGAAAUUUCGCAGUUUCAAACAACAAAAAAUCGACAAUGACAUUUAAAAAAGUUGACUCCCUGGUAUCCGUCAAAACGAAUUUAUAAAAUGCGUAUGUUGUGACAUGUACAGUACAGAAACAAAUAUUAUAUUAUGAUGACAAUUACGUUAUAUGAGUGUGAUUUGUAUUAUUUGGUACAAGAUUUUUACAGUCUUUCAAAAUUAUUGGGGGCGGGGGCUCUGUAGUCCCCUUAGUGUCCGCCACUGAGUUACAAUCGUUCGUAUUGUUUUCUCGGCCUCGAAAAGACCGGAUGCGUAAUUAAUGCGUAGAUAUAAUUAUUUUUUUGCAUGCAACGUUUUUCAGAAACUUCUUCAGAAGAUUAAUGUAAUCGAAAAAGAAAAAGAAGAUAUUACGAAGAAACUUCAAGAGCAGAUUGUUUCUCUUGAAAAUGAAUAUGAGGUAUGUAUUCAUUGGAAAUGUUAAAAAAACUAUGAUUGAGGUUUUUUCUCUUGUUUUCUGUGGUGCACUGUUCACAGCACUAAAUCAUCGGACAAAAAAUACAGAAGGCAGACACUUACUGUAUAUCACUAGUCUAGCUAUGGAUUCGACAUUUUCAGCUUUUAUAUAGACACAACUCAUAUAUAUACUCAACAUAUAUAGGCAUUUGCACCAAUAUGCUGUAAUAACACACUGAUCCUUCUACUAAUAACAUUCCACAAAUCUAUUUUGCAUUUACCACAUUCAGUUGCAUGUAUGAUAGACCUUUUUUUAUUACUUGUUUAAAUUUUGAGAGAACUUUUUGUAAAAAUGAUGCGCAAGAGUCUUUCUUUGAGUUCUAAUAAGAUGCACAGAUUGUUAAAUAUUAUAAAUAAUUUACCGUGAAAGCGGUGCACUAAGAUCACUUAAAUUUUAAAUUAAGCACUAUAGACACUUAACUACCACCAUGGAUCUUAAAAAUACUGGAUAGAAAACUCACGCUCACCCAUGAUGUUAGAUGUGCUUUCAGCGUCCUGAUGGCGUCUCAAAUUAUGACGUCACUAAAUCCAAAAUAGUUCCACGUUUAGCAAUAGUAUACAGCUGAGUAUUUAAGUCUAAAAACGUAUGAAUAUUGAACCAUGCCACUCAGACAGCCUCGUCCCCAGGCUCCAGUACGUGCUUGGGGUUUGCGACGCGCAACAUUUCCGCCCACGCGUGUUUCUCCCGCGCCGGGGACGAGGCUGACUCUAAAAUGCAAUGUCUAGAUAUUGUUGGUCACUUUCAUGGAACAUAUCAAAUUUGCAUUAGACAGUAAAAUACGCGUCUCAAAGUUCAAUUAUAUCAACAGUAGUUUUUGUUACGCCAAUUUCUUGACUGCGAAAGUAAAAAACCUAAAACAAAGACGAACAACAUUUACCUCGAAUACUCUGUCGUGGCACAGGCAGGUUUAAAAGACAAUGAAACCAUUUUGAAUCUCUAUAGCUACUUGAAUGCUAAAAAUAUAGGAAAGUUGAAGAAAAACGCAGUAAACUUUGCUACAUUCGUUGUAUUCGUGACAUCACGAAUAUUAAAUAGGUCAUGCACGUUUGCUCGCGUCAGCUGUUUCCUAUCCAUUGUUUAACUAUCCAUGCUACCACCAUGGAUAAUAAAAUAAAUGGAUAGGAAACUAGCUGACGUGACUUAAUGUUUUUACUGGGAUUGAUGGCGUGGUUGGAUGCCUCAACCUAGUUGAAAAUCAAAUUCUCAAAAACGGCAUGUUUAGCAAUAAUACAGCUAAAUAUUUUAGUCAAAGAGCAAAUAAAUGUAACCACGCCAUUCUACGAUGAAAACUCUAAGUAUUCCCAGUCAAUUUUAGCAAAUAUUUCAAGCACUAAACAGUGAAAAAUGCAUCGCAAAUUUCGUUAAAAUUUGUGACGCCAAUUUCGUAGCUACAAAAUUAAUGUAAAAAAAUACAAAACAAAGACGGAAAACAUUUACCUUGAAUACUUUGUCGUGGCUUAGGCAUGUUUUUAAAACAAUUAGACCAGUUUACGCUUCAAGAUCACCCUUUUAAAGUGGAAAAUAUAGCAAAACAACAAAUAAGCCGAGAACUUUGGUAACAUUCGCAAUACGCGUGACGUCACGUUUUUCAACAAGGAUGCAGUCAAUGACGUCAGAAGUUUCCAAUCCAUUUAUUUUAUUAUCCAUGCUACCACUGAGCGAAAUAAUAUAAAAUAUUGUUCUAAAUAUCUAUUUCAUAAAGGUUCUGCGAGAAAAAGGAAAAUGUGUGAAAAAUAAACAGAGAAAGGUACUGAAGCCUCUAUCAGACCCUCAAUUGUCAUGAUAAAAUCUUUUAAUUGUCUUCUAUGCAAAGUCCUUAUCUCAUUCUGAGAACCCAGGUGACAUGCACGUAAACUCUUAUGUUAAUCAUAUUAUAAUAAACCCUGUUAAAUAUUUAAUAAGUUAAAAGUAAUAUAAUUUUGAACUAUUAAGGUGACAUAUGUAUAACUCGUCAAUGUUGUGCAUCUGAAAAGAUCACUAAUCUGUCCGACUCAUAAGUAUAAAGAGGAUAACAUAACCUUAAAAUAUACGACAAGACAUUGUAUCCAACAUUUAAUUGUAAAUUAUAACUUUGUUUAAUUGGUUUAAUAUAAUUGGUUUAAUUUAAUUUUUUAACUUUAUUUAAUUGGUUUAAUUUAUUUUGUUGGUUUUUAAAGCUAAUUUCUAAUUGUAACUGUGCAUUUUACAAAAACGACAAAUAUUGUAGGGGUAUACAUCACCUCUGCUUGUAAGUUAUCACUAAUAUAUAUUAUACUAAUUUUAAUAAUAUACUAAUAACAGUAUUAUGAUAACUUUACUUUCACAUGUUUAUGGCGAAUUAAUACUAUUUAUUAUAUGGCAAGCGUCACUUCCGGUUAAAUGGUGGACUGUGAUUGGCUGAGAAGCACUUUCAGCAGUCCAUUAUUUUCCCGUAAUGGAACAGCGGUCCAUUACGUAAAACCAAACGCAUGUAUUUUAAAACAAAACAGCAAAACUAAUUAAAAAUAUGAAAAUUAUAAUUUAAUUUGUGGAAGAGUGGAAAGGAAGAAAUACAUUGGUAUUUUUUUGUUUUCUUCAACCAAAUAUGUACCACACUACUAAUAUGCAUUUCAAAUCAUGCAUUUCUUGUUUGUUUCGAUUAUAAAUGCCAUAUAAUAAACUUUUUAUUAACCUCCUCGCUCAGUACAGAGAAAUAUCAGACCUCGGUCUUUUUGUACAAACCUCACCCUACGUGCACGGUCUGCACAAAAAAGACCCCGGUCCGAUAUUUCUCUGUACAGACCUCGCGUUCGGCUAAUAAGAAGUUAAUAAUAAACAUAUUAUAUUAACAAUUCAGUACCAAAAAUAUUGUAUUAGGUAUAGUAUAUACGAAACGAAAAAUUUCGAACGGGGGGCACUUGCCGAGAGGGGGGCCCCGGGCCCCCAGCUCAAAAGCAGCCCCCAAGACAACGAAGACCCUUAAAAUUUAUGGAUAGCUGCGUUAGGCCGGGAUAAUAUGUAAUAAAAUGUAAUAUAUUGUAAACAACGCUUCUCCCGUUUUACAAUUAUGACCUCAUAGGGGCCCCCUGGGACAGUUUUGCCCCGCGCCCCGCGCAACCUCUCGGCGGCCCUGAAUGCAGUUAACAUUAUACUAGUGGCGUGAAGUCGGUAGAUGGGUCCAUGCAUGAACGUUUUUAUUUGGGGUAGGGCAUAGGGGUAUAGGAUUGAGAAGUCUCGGACACAUUUUGGAAUAUACGAGAUAAAUGCAAUGCGAACAGUUAAAAAUGCUUAAGUUGUGUAAAAAAUAUGGUAGCCCUACCAAAUUAAACUUCGUAAAAUCUAUAAUUGUUUAUGGCUUUUCUAAUCACUGUUGUUGUCUGGGCUAUCGUAUUUUUUACAAAAUUUCGUUUCCCCUGGGAUAUGGAUUGCCAGAGUAAUUGUUACUUUGUCAAUAUCAUUGAAAAAUUUUGAUAAUCUGAUCGGAUCAUCUUACUAGACUGUAAUUUAUCAUUUCAGGAGUAUAAGAAUGAUAUGGAAAAUUCCGCUCAGACUCUUGGGGCUGAAUUGACUAAAGUUAAUGAAGAAAAGAAUGUAAGUAAGAAUACAUUAAUAAUAAUUCUCUGAGCCAUUUUACUCCGUUUAAUGCUCGUACUAUCGAUGUAUAAAUUGGAUACAUUUCAAGACGGAGAUCAGGAAUUAAAACGGCUAGAUACCGUGAAUUUUAUAAUGUAUCACUCACUCCCCGAAACUCAAACUUUUCGAACAAACUUUGUCAUGUUUUCCUAGACUCUUGACGCUGAAAUCGAGGAAAUUUUCCACGCCCAUGACGAGCUUCAAAUGAAAUACGAUGAGGAAAUAAAUGCAAACAAGGUAACCAUAUUAUAAAACAACGGUAACUCCGAAAAUAAACAUUUUAAUCGUUCUAGCUUUCGACUAAGAUUCAGUCAUCAUCAUUUAGUUAUUCCUGAUGAUGACUGAAUCUUAGUCGAAAAUUUCUAACGAUUAAAAUGUUUACUUCGGAGUUACCGUUGUUUUAUAUUUUAUUAAAAUACUCAGUGGUUCCCGUAAUUUUUGGCGUAACUGCAUGUAUUGUUUCUAUGCUGUUUCCCUUAUAUAACUGUAAUAGAAGGUUGAAAUCGCAUCUGCAUCAACAAAAAAGGAAUCAUUAUUAGGAAAAUUGUACAAUAUUUCUUAAUACUAGACAAAAUUCUCAUUAAUUUAGCAAUUGAACGACUUAGUUCUCAAAAUGAGCGAGGAGAAGGAAGCGGUAUUUAAAGAAAAUCAGGUACGAUCACGUUGCUGUGCGCGCCAAAUGUUUGAGUAAUUUACUCAUCUCCCCAUCUCAUCUUUCCUCUUAUAUCUCGUAAAUGCUUCAAUAGAAUAAUUGAAAGUAAUUCCAAACUUCUUGUUUCAUGGUUUGUAAUUCUUGGGUUUCAUAUGACGUAACGUGGGAGUCAAGGGUCUGUAUCAAUGGUAAACGACGGCUUUUAUAUUGUUUUAUAUUGGCUUUAUAUUAGUCGAACAACUCAUUUACAUAACAUGCGUUGACAGCCAUUUUGUUUCUUUGUUGUUUCAGUUGACCUCAGUUCAAUGAUUGAACCCCAAAUUAUACUAAAAUAUCACGUGAUUGAAACCCAAGAAUACUUUUCUUACAGGUUCUGUCUGAAAGACUUUCAGAAAUUCAAUCAAACGAGCUGAGCACCGAAUCACAUUAUUAUACUGAGAUAUCGAGCCUGCAAGAAACCAACGAAAGUUUACUUCGAGUAUGUCAAAUAAAGCGUUAAUAAUUUAUUUUAUGCUAAAGGUGGCGUAUAAAACAGGUAUAUGCAUGUGAAUAGGAUUCCAUCUGAUGUCAAAAUUGGAAUCCAUUUUUGUGCAGACUUGCAUGUAAUUGUGUGAACUGGAAAAAUAUGAACAAACUCUCUUUUUGUGAUUGAAGGUGAAAAAUAACGAAAAUCAAAGUUUGGAUUUAUAAUUUGGAAGGAAGGAGUGUAUGCUCUUGUUUAUUCAUCUAAAUAUUCAUAACUCAUCCACUCGUUCACAUCCAUCAGAAGAAUAUACUUGCACCUAAAAAUCUCAGCAAAGAUUGCAAGUGUAAACGGACCUGCUAAUGCUGGCCAGUGGCGGACACUUCGCAAAAUAUCGGGGAGACGGCGAAUUAGGUUUCCAACAUACGACUACCUUUUGUAGCUGGGAAUGCUAGUUCGUUGGACUUUUUUGCCUUAAAUUUCAUGUGAUAUAUCUUAAUUUUUUCCUACCAGGCUACAAAUGCUUUGAUGGUUGAAGUAUUGUUACAACGUUACACAGUUAUUCAGCCAUCAUUCAAAUUUUUCAGAAAUCAUGAGGGGGGGAGCAGUUGCCCCUCCCCCUAGUGUCCGCCACUGAUUCUAGUGAUUAAUAGAUAAUGAACAUAGCAUACAUAGACAUAGUAUAGUAUUAUUUUGUUAGCAAGGUGCCCAGUUUUGUAACUCCUAUUUAGUUGGGUUUUUUUUACUAAUUUAUGUGUUUUUAUUUUGCAGGAAAUUCAAACUCUGCGGGAAUGCUUGGAAGUGGAAGGCAAACAAAAUAAAAAUCAAGAAAUCCCAGUUUUCUCAGAUGAGGUUGAUGCUAGAAAUUUGUCUGACAAGAAGAACGGUAAAUCAAAAAAGUUGGAAUGCGGUCACGAGGAGGAAAUUAAUAUUCUUGACAACAGAGUUUCUGAGUUAACUAAAGAAAAAACUGAAAUUCAAGACGAAAUGAAGGAAACAGAAAUAGAGUAUCAAAAUCGUCUUGCAACGUUGUCCCAACAACUGGAUGAAGAAAAACAUAGAAGCAGUGAAUUGGAGCAGAAAAUUGGUCAACUGGAGACUGAACGACUUGAACGUAAGGAGGAUGAACCCGUGCUACAAGAGAAUAAAACACUGGAUGAGGAUAAAGAAGUGUUAAAGUUAAAGGAAGAAAUCAAUGUAUUGAAAGAUGAGUGUGAACUUCUCAAGGCAAAUAUUCAAAAGCUUGAAAACCAAACUGGAGAACUUCGUACCGAAGUUGGAUUGUGGAAAGAGAGAUAUCUCGUUAAAGAACGUGAAAAAGAAGAACAAGAUCAGGAACUAGUGACUCUGACUAAGUCACUGCAAAAUGGAGAAUUAAUAGAAGAGGACAUUGAUGAUAUCGAAAAUGUGUUGAUUAAAUUAAAACAAUGUAUUAUCAAAACACAAGAAGAAAUUUCAACUCUUAAAUUACAUCUUGCUCAACGUGAUGAUGAAAUUUCAAGCUUGAAAACGAGUUCAAAUUCGCUUAUAGAAAAGUUAAAGGAGAAAGAAACUGAGCUCUGUGCGAAAGAUGAAUUAUGCGGGAAAAAUGAACAAGAUUUGUUGAACUCUAAAACUGUUUUAGACUCGUUGUCUGCUAAACUUAUAGAAAAGACUGACAAAUGCCAACAACUUGCUAAUAAGUUGGAAAAACAUGAGCUUGCAUCAAAAGAUUUGGAAGAAAAUUGUAAGACACUCGAAAUCUUAUCUGAAGAUAGAAAUAAACGUUUACUCAAUACAGAAGAAGCUUUAUCCACCGAGAGACAACAGUUAAAGGCGUUUCAAGAGACUCUUGAAAACGCACAGCAGGAGAGUGGAGAGAAGGAUAAACAAAUUAAUAAACUACAAGAGACAAUUUUAACUCUAGAAGAAUCUCUGGAAGAGUUAAAAAACGACAGCCAACACAAAGAAGAGAAUAUUGAUAAACAGAAGAAACUUUUAAACACCAAACUAGAAGAACUGACUAAAAAUCUUAAGGAAAAAGAAACUGAGUGCAACAGUUUGAUGGAACAACUUCGGAACCAAAAUUCUGAAUUAAAUUCACUAAACCAAUCGCUUCAGUUGCAAGAAACGGAAUUUAAUAGAACAUUAAGUUCAUCCAGUAACAAAGUUCAAGAUUCACUUAAAGAACUGGAACUUGAGAAAAAUAGAUGUUCUGAAUUAAAUGAUAUUUUAAAAGAGAAAGAAGAAACAGAGAACAAUUUAAACGAAACUUUAAUAUCUCUUAGGCAAGACAUCCUUGACAAAGAACAGAGAAUUGGUGAAUUAGAUGAAAUAAGAAGAUCGUUAGAGCUAGAGUUAACCACUUUAAAAGAACAUCAAACAUCUUUUCAAGAAGAAGUGAUAAAGAAAGAAGAAGCGAUUCAGUCGUUUGCUUCAAAUGAAAAUGAUUUCUUGAAGGAACAAGAGAAAUCCUUGCAAGAUUUGAAAGAAAAAGUUGAUUGUUUCUCAAAGGAGAAAGUUGAACUAGAAGAAGAAAUCAAUCGUCUUCGUGAAGUUGAAAGUAAUACAAAAACUUACCAAGAAAAGAUUGAGAAAUCUUGCAAACAAAUGGAAGAAAUGCAAGUUAGUAAUGGUAAGAUGCAUUCCACAUUUGUUUCAACUUUUAGUCAGCAUCUGAAGCGUCUCCUCUGCUUCAUUUUCCUAAAUACAAUCUAAAAACAAUUGAAUCUGUGCUCUAUUGUACAGGUCAGGUUCGAAACUAAGGAUGGGUACUUUGUAAAUUUUAAGUAUAGUAUUAAACAUUUGAAUUAAAAAAUUUCAGGAGUCGCGCGAAACAGUUGUAAAAAUGCCAAUUAAAGAUAUAGCGCUGGAGCAACAUUGGUUCGGAUAAAUAUUUCCGACAAUUGACCAGGGUAGCCAGAUGCUGAAUAAAUAAGCCAAACAUUGUUAUAAGCGGCCCUUUGAUGUAUUUGUUUCCAACAAAGAAAACAAAAGGUUAUUAUAGUAAUAUUUGGCUUAUUUAUUCAGCAAUCUGGCAACCCUGCAAUUGACUGACUCUAAUCUCUCUUUCUGUUCCUAGGACAACUUGAAAAACAAAAUAAGGAAUUACAGUCAAAGAUGCACAAAAUGAAACAAAUGACUGUGAAGGCAAAAAAAGAGACAGAAAACGUAAAGAAAAAGGUAAUGUUUAAAGUGCCACACUGCAUCGUGUAAAUGUGUUGGGCGUAUCACCUUUAUUAUAAGAUAAUUAACAUUGCGUAAAUUCCUGGUUUCCGUUUGGUUGUCACUAUUGCAACCAUGCCACUGGGAAGAUGUUUACUAUAGUGUUGGUGAUAUAUCUUUGCAAUCAUGCAAGUAAAGAAUAAUUAGUAUAGAGAAGACAAGCAUGCAUGACUAAUUCAGUUAAUUUCACGUUUGUGACCCUGACUCAGUCAUUCUUUUUAUGUAGACAAAAGAGUAUGAAUUCCAUGAUUUUGCUUUUUUUCGGAAAGGAGCAAAGAAACAAAAUCCCAAAGAUAAAAGUAUUAACAAGAUUUGCUUUACCAAAGUUUUCUUUUUGCAACAUUUUAGUUAGAAGAAGAGAAGGCCGCGUUAAUGGAAGUUAUUCAACAAAAAGACGAGAAGUUGCUCUCAAAUUCAAAUGAAGAUGAAAUGAAAAUAAAUAGAGCAUCGGAGCAGGUCUGCAAUAUUUAUUUUCAUGAUUUAUUUAACCUGCAUGUAUCUUAAGUUAAUUAAUAUAUUCCCUGCCUCCUGUGCAAGCCUAAAGCCUUGGCAAAACUUCCGAUGCGUGAAAAGCUCAUAUCUUCAAAUCUACAAAGUCAAAGAACGUAUCUUGUAAACAAAAUGCCGUUCAGGUUCCAUCAUGAACAUGAAGUGACGCUUAUUUUCGCUUGUACAAUUGACUCUAUACCAAUGAUAACUAUAAUCUUGUAUAAAAAAGCGUUGGUAUAAUGAGUGCCCUUUAUUCCAUGCAAAAGUCUUCAGUGAUAGCCUAGAUAACUGUAAUUUUUACAAAUCAAUGGCUAGUUAUACCAAUGAAAAUUAUUUUGUUAUAUAUGUAAUGGCUAUUUUUGGGACAAUUUUAUCAAGAUGUUACAGCUCUCCAACAAACAGGCGUGACCUUCCUAUGAUGAAGCCAAGGCGUGAAUACGGGGCAGGACUAUUUCUAAAAAUACCCUUGGAAUAGAUAGUAUAUGUCAUGAUUCUGCCUUGUUGAGUACGCAUAGCUCUCGUUGACCCAUAUCUAGGCGUAUGUGAUGCUUUGAUCCAUGAAGAGAAUAACCGUGCCGUUGCUAUUAUUUUUGUAAAGUUUCCUUUUAUCCACAUUCCACCUAUACAAAAAAUCCACCACUAUAUAAAAUCGGGCUCAGCAAUAAUUAUUGAACAUGAACCCUGACUAUGCAUGUUACGUCCGUUUUCCACUUCAAGCGUACCGUACCGAAACGUAUCAGUUAGUGAAUGUUGAUUGGUUAAUAAUUCCAUGGUGCGCCAAAAAGUUGACUUGCGACGAACUUUUCAUUUUGAUACUCAAUCUACGCAUGCUCACCAGUACGUUUCGGUACGGACGAAGUGGAAAACGGCUUUUAAACAAUGUAACAGAUCUCUACUAUUAUAUCCUGUUUUACCCAAUAGUUGCCGAGCUAUAUGUAACCAAUAACAUCUAACUUUUAUACAUUUAUUAGACCUAUAUAUUAGAACUACAGGCCAUCUGGUAGGAAUCGAAUGUACCUGCGACCCUGCGAUUCCGGUGCGGCGCUCUGAAAUCUAAAGGGCGCAAAGUCGAUUCCUGCCAAAGGGCCUAUAGUCGCAAUUCUUGCAACUUCUCCUGGUAAGCUCUAAUAAAUGUAUAAAAUUCAGACUCGAAAUUUCCAUGCCGACAAACCCUUCAACAAUGGACCAUUUGCAUUAUAGACUAAAUUUUGAUCUAGACAAAAAUUUCAUCACAGCUUGAAAGAGCAUCACAAAAUUAGUAAUAUUCCAAAGUUUCGUUGCGAAAUGUUGUAAAAUGCGGAUAAUAUAGCCAUGCGAAGUUUGCCGUUUUUCAGUCAUUUUGUAUUACGCACGGGAAAUUGACAACCCAAUCGGGUGUUGGGGCAUCAAUUUCCCGUUUGUAAUACAAAAUGACUGAAAAUUGCAAAUUUCGCAAGGCUAUAUUAUCCGCAUUUUAGAACAUUUCGCAACGAAACUUUGGAAUAUUACUAAUUUUGUGAUGCUCUUUCAAGCUGUGAUGAAACUUUUGUCUAGAUCAAAAUUUAGUCUAUAAUGCAAAUGGUCCAUUAGUUUUGUUUUGUUUUAAAUACUUUAUUGGAUGGUGACCAAACGGUAGGAGUGCGAACGGGACUCGAGGUUCCAUGCGAGGCACUCCUCCGAUUAAAGAUACAACAACAGACAAUACCCAAAAUCCUGAUAUUUACCCUAUAUGUAACCAAGCCUGCUUAUCUCCUGAAGAACUCGGCCAACUUAUAUUUGUUAUUUGUUUAGACUGGAAGGAUUAGCGAACUUGAACAAGAAAUUAAAAAGAUGACAGAAAGGUAAAUCAAAAUAUCGAACAUUCACAUGUCAUGCACCAUACAUCUACUGUUACAGUGCUUGGGUCUUUCAUUGGUGUGUUGAAUGCUUUGAAAAGGAAAAUUGGUUUGGCUUUAUUGUGACUGCCUUGUUAGUUUAAAUAUUAACGAGGCUCUGUUAAAGAUAAAUUCCGACAUGCGACAUUGCGUUGAAAUGGCAACAUAUAUACAAUAGAAAAUAGCGACAUUUGACAUGCACUUGUGCAUGAUGGCGACAUGUAAAGGUAGAAAACAACAACAAAAUUCCGAAAGCGACAUAGCAAUGUUUUCAAGCGGCGAUAGUAUUCGGUUUUGAAAAUCAGACGAGUGAUACCAAUACUAAUGGGGCUCAUAUCUGAAUAUCAAGGCUUGUACCUAUAUGGCGAGGGUUACUAUAGUUUGAAUGAAUAAUAAUUACACAUUCAUCAGAGGAAAAAAUUGUUAAAGUGUCAGCAAUUUAUAACGUAAAAUUUUCAUUUCUUGUUAGUAUCGAAAGCUUACAAGGAAAAUUCGAAAUAUCUGUUCGCGAAAAAGAGGUAAAUGCCUGAUUAAAUGCUGAGGUUUAUUCGUAAUUAUUCGGAUGUUUUUCCUAAUCUGGGAUUAUAGGUUACGUUUAGAUGUCUUAGGCUUGAAUAUUUUUACUUCCAUUUUAGUCUCUUCAAGAGAAGUUGCAGACUGUGGAAAAGGAAAAUGCUGAACUAGAUGAAAAACACAAUCAAAUUGUUAAAAAAUGUGACGACUACAUAACGAAGAUUGCAUCCAUGGAGGAGGAAAUCGAUCUUUUGCAGAAACAAAUUCAUGACAAAGACAAGGAGUGUCAUGAGGUAGGUGUAAAGCCCGUUUUCUUUUCCACUAAGCGAUUUUGUUUGCGCGAAGCGAAAAACAAAUUUCGGCAAUGUGGGCAGAAUUUCACGGGAGUGCAGGGAAGAGUGUCCACUCCCCCCCCCAAAUCCUUGUACAUCUCUUAGAAUACGUGUGCAUUACUGAGUACCAGACCCAAUUUGCCCAUUUAUAUGCCGGUUUAACAGUUUUGAUGGCUUGCGAAUAUGUUUCAAGGUACCCCAUCUGCACACCCACAGAAAAUCCGUUUAUGAUGUAUUCUUGAGUACUUAAUUAUAUUCGCUGUAUUGUAAUUAUUAACCUCAUUUAAUUAAUCGAAUUGUAAAAUGGUAAGAAAACUCAAAUCUUGAACAUUUUUAGCUUUCAGAAAAGCUUCAGAAUCUGGAACACGAACUUGAUAAGGAACGAACGGAUGCUGAAAAAAUAAAAUCUGAAUUUAAAACUGCAAAAGAACAAUUGGAAAGUUCAGAGAAGGUUUGUAGCUUUCACCUUGUUGGGCGAUGACAUCAUCCCUCCACUGUCUUCUUAAGCAUUUUGCGAUAUUAGAUCAACAUCCUAAACAAAAUGGUGAGGUAACAAGAUUUCAUUGUGAAGUUUGCGGCAAUCAGGUGUAAUUUCAUAAAUCACUAUGAAAGAAUGGAUGCAAUUCCCGAACGAUUUACAUUCGUCAGGGGCGAUCUGAAGUCGCAAUGUGCCAAUGUGGCUGGGUGUAAAUAAAAGGCAGAUCGCGGACGGCAGACCACGGACGGCGGAGCAUUUUAUAAACACGUGAUUACUACCGCAACUAAUUAUAAUGCCCUAAAUUAAAGUAUACCAGCCUUAGAUCUGUGAAAUGAAUAUGUUUUCACCCGUUGAAUUUUUAUGGAGGGUGAUUACCGCCAAAAUUAAUGUUUGAAUUUUGCAUUCCAAGUUCUAGAUUUUGUUGUUCGUUCCGUGCUUUAUGAUAUCAAUGAAUUGAAUUUUCAUAUUAAAGAAUUGAAUUUUGAUGUUCGCAACUGCAUUUGCACUUCUUUUUGCGCAUUCUGUCCUUAAGCAUUCCAUUGUGAUGACGUAACAAUAUGCGUGACCCUCAGAACACGAUUUUCAACCCGUAUUUAAUGAUACUUUAUUUCCCGCAAAUAAUUUUAAUUAUCUCUAAUUAUUCCAACAUUGUUACUUCGGCUGUUCGGCAUACGGAUAAAAAUAUGGCCGAGAACCGCUCAAAAUCGCAAGAAGCAGCAGCUUUAUUACGGCGUGCGGCAAGCAUUUUAACGCAAAAUUAUGUAACAAGUGAAUUAGUGAAGGAUGUUCCUCGCAGAGUACAAGGAACAGCAAUAUGGGCAAUACAGUGCGUCCAAUUCAACCUGCCCCAAGUCAACAAGCCACAGCCUCUAGCCACGAUGAAUUUCGGCGACUAUUCGCCCGUACAAUAGGGCUAACAAUAGCAGCUUCGUUCAUCAACCUCCGGCGAAGCGCGGUCGAGGUAAUUCUUGGGGACAAUCGCGUUCUUUUAAGCCACAAGAUACGUGGACACACGAUUUUUUUGUUUGGCAAACGCCACAAGGGCUCGCUGAAUUAACUCGUAAAUAGUGCACUUUUGAACUAUGCUAAUGAUGAUGCGCCAUGCACACACCACCUCACUCUAUGCUAAUGAUGAUGCGCCACCACCACACACCACCUCACUCUAUGCUAAUGAUGAUGCGCCACCACCACACACCACCUCACUCUAUGCUAAUGAUGAUGCGCCACCUCAGUCUAUGCUAAUGAUGAUGCGCCACCACCACACACCACCUCAGUCUAUGCUAAUGAUGAUGCGCCACCACCACACACCACCUCACUCUAUGCUAAUGAUGAUGCGCCACCUCAGUCUAUGCUAAUGACGAUGCGCCACCACCACACACCACCUCAUUCUAUGCUAAUGAUGAUGCGCCACCACAGUCUAUGCUAAUGAUGAUGCGCCACCACCGCAAAAAAAUGGGGUUGAACGGUACCUAUAUUACCACUCAUGUAACAUUAAAAUUAUUUGCGGAAAAUAAAUUAUCAUUAAAUACGAGUUGAAAAUUGUGUUCUGAGGGUCAUGCAUAAUAUUACGUCAUCAAGUGCAAAUGCAGUUGCGAACAUCAAAAUUCAAUUCUUUAAUAUGAAAAUUCAAUUCAUUGAUAUCGUAAAGCACGGAACAAACAACAAAAUCUAGAACUUGGAAUGCAAAGUUCAAAUAUUAAUUUUGGCGGUAAUCACCUUCCAUAAAUUUUUAGCAGUGAAAUUUUCUCAUCAGCAUUUAAUACGUAUAUAUGAUACACUAUACGUUGUCUUUCUCGGGAAACUUUCUCUCGGGAAAUAUUGUAAGAAAGCGCCUUAGUUUUUGGAGCUUCUGUUAGGCAGGGCUAUUAAAUGACAUUCACUUGCUGACAUUUUCGUACUUUAAAUAGUGCUGACUUGUUGUUUUAUAAUGAAAAUAAUCUCCGUUUUACUUAUAAACAUAAGAGCUUCACCCGUAGCAAAUGGCCUAUUUGCAUGCGACGACUAUAUUGCAUAUAUGGAUUUUAGAAAUAUCAUAUUAUUCAUAUAUUAGGGGCGGAUUGAUGGGGUAGAUUUUCAUUGAGCCCGAUAAUUUUUUAACCUGCUAAGUAGUCCUGCUCGAUCUUUUUCUGUCAUUCAAGGCUCUUGAACGAUUUUUUUUUAUUUCGUGGGCACAUAUAUAAAAUUGCAUUGCUAAGAAUUCCAACGGGUCAAAACAUAUUCAUUUUACAGAUGUAGAGCUGGUAUAUUUUAAUUUAGGGUAUUAUAAUAAGUUGCGGUUUGUAAUAAUGUGUUUAUAACACGAUUAUUGUUAUUGUUUUGUCAUGCUUCUCGGAAAUGUCUUUGCAUUUGGCCCUAACGAUUCUAGUAGUAUAGUGACCCGCGAGUCUUAAUUCUCAUGCAAUCGCUUGUUUUGUUUGACACACAUGAUCAGUCAAUCCUCUUCGGUCGGUUUAUUUAUGAAACUUCAUUUUCUUUUUUGUUUAGGAAGCAAAUAAAGCCAGUCUAGUUGAUCUAGAAUUAAAAGAUUGUCAGUAUGCAUUAGAAAAUAUUCAAAAGGAAUUGGCGGAAAGUGGAACCAAACUACAGCAGAAAAUAGAAGAAAGUGAUGCACUGAAAAAACAAUUACUGGAAAAAGACAACGAAAUAGGUAAAAAUUGUUAAUAAUAAUAUCAUAUUUAUACUGUUUAAAAACUUGUUCCAGCAACAUAAAUUGCUGGUAUCAACCAAGGACCUGUCGAUGUCUCUGUCCACUAAAACUAAAACUAUAUUACUACUGUUACAUUAAGCUGUGAUAAUUGCCUAAAAGUAGUAUAAAAUACAUAAAAUAUAUGUACAGAUUAAGAGUCAAAGUUAAAACCUUUGCAGCUGGACUUAAAUCUUAAAAGUGAUGAUUCUGUCUUCAAAUCACUAUAGGUAGUUUAUUAAAAAUAAUUGCCCCUUGGUAAGCAAAUGUUUUCUUAGGUAACGUUUUUGUGAUUCGAAUGACUAAGCUUCAGCGUGUGAGUUACACCACGGAGUAUUUUUACAAAAUAGAAACGUUACGGUAACGCCGAAAAUGUGAGUUACAUAUAGAGUCUCAAAACAUGAUAUGAGAUGAAAUUACUUGACCAAAAUAUACUGUAUGGUUGUGUUUUGUAUCAUGUAGUGCAACAUUUCCAAUGCUCGAUCCAUGCACGAUUUGCCACGAGCAAAAAAUCGAACAGAAAUGAUACCGAAAAAUUUCGUAUGGAAACAGUUCCUGAUUAUUUACUGGAUUUAAUUUCUAAUAGUUUUUUUCCGUCUUUAUGACAGUUUCACUUGGUGGUAAAGUUACUCAAGCAGAGGAAAAGGAAAAGAAAUUCAAGAAUAUCAUUAAAAAUGUUAAGAAAGAAUUAGCUCAAACUAAAGAGCAGGUACUGUAUAUAUAUAUUUAAAAUACUCAUUAAUAAUUCAUAAACCUUGUGGCAGAUCAUUUCAGCCUUAAUAUGUCACGUGGAGUUACUUUAUAUCUGAUAAAACUCAUCUUCAUUAGUAUUCUUUAUAUGAUUGUUCAUCCUCGUAUAUUUUGUUUUAUGAAAAAAUAUACCUGCCAUGAAUGUCCAGAAAACUAGAGAAACGUAGAGUAAUAUUGUCACUUGCGCAGAAACAAGUGUUUAAUAUCAGGCAAACAACAAUUACCUCGUUAUAUGUUCUUUUAAGUUGGCAUGGCGUAAUACACAUUUGUUUUGGUUUAUAUUAUUUGCACUUAUGAAGGUCCGGGCUUACCGAUCGAAUGCUUUGCAUUAUUGAAUGCUUUCCACAAACCAAAACAAAACAAGUAACAAAUAUACUCGUCCCAGCUAGCCAGUUUACCUCGAGUGUUAAGCUGCAUGGAAUAAUUUUUUCAUUGUUGUUGUUUAUCCUUACACAGGGUGAGUUAGGAUAAGCCCCGCCGUAUCUGUGCUCCGUGAUCAAACAUAUGUGCCAGAGGCGCCCUUAGACUUAGUAAGCCUUCGACUUGAUCAGGUUGAGCUGCGUCCUUCACAAUUCAGCUUAGCUCUCAGCUGUGAGUAAGGGUGAUUUAGUAUACCCCACUCACAUACUUAGAGGCAAACGGUGAUGCUUGACCUCCUCCGCUGGCAACUUUGCAACAAACGACCAUUAUUUUGCAAGUAAGUCAAGAGGUUGGAAGUUAGUAAUGGAGAGAGGAGUGGAGGAUUGGGUAAUUCCAGUGUUUGGCAAAACAGUUGCCUGCGAAGAAGGCUAUAUUGCAUACCAGAAGCAGCAACUUGAUUCUUUGGUAAGAACCUUAAAGGACGUGUUGUACUAUAGCUACAUUUUUUGUUUACUGUAGCAAUUCAAAGAUGUGUUACUGUUUACUGUAGUAAUUCAAAAAUUGUUGUUUUACUCAAAUUUUAGGAAAACGAAUCUCAGAUAGUUCAGAAAAAUAUCCAGGAAGAACUUGAAACAAAGACACAUGAGAACGAAAACAUUAAGGUACCAAAUAAAUAUUGUAUUUUUCUUUUCACUGCAUGUCAAAUACAAAUUAUACGUCAAAACAACGAGCGAUGGGUAACUCAAUGGAUGGAGAACAAUAGAAUUUUCAAAACAAUGAAAAGUCAAUGAAAAAUUCCGAUCAAUGAAUCCUGACAGGAUGGCACAAUUGUUGUGCUUACACUGCUUAGUGAUAUGCGAUGGGGUGGGGUAGUGUAUUGCAAAGGACUAUAUUCAAUCGACAUCUUAAUUGGUUUCUGGGAACUGCCAACAACACAGAUAUCGUGAUAAAGGCCCAGUUCCACAACAAGCGAAAUGCGAAAAAUUUCGCGCGAAAAGGUUGAACGCACGCGCAACAUGAUUUUGGAAUCUUCACCAGGUAGUUGAAUUUGUUUCUACUCCGUUGCGAAAUGGAAAUAGCGAAGCCAAUCAAAUGCUUGUGUUUUGUAUGACAAAAUAGCGAAACCAAUCAAACGCUUGUGUUUUGGCGAAUUUUUUCUCUACUGUGGAAAUCAUUACGAGAGAAAAUUUUCGCACAAGUGUGUUUUCACGCGAAAGUUUUAGCAUUUCGCUCGUCAUGGAAUUAGGCCUUAAGACGUGCUGUCUUGUGCAAAUAUGAUCAGGCUAGUUCCAUUUUGUUCCUAAUUUCAUGCACUUAACCGUAGCGACAUGGUAACAAUGACAACACGAUAUAUAAAGCGAUGUUUGUGUUUCAUGUUAGGUCCAGCUGUCAGUGAUUCAUGCGGAAAAGCAAACGCUUGAACAACAGGUAAAAUAUUUAUAUCUAAUUCUUCACAUGUAAACUGUUCAAGGUAAGCUACCAUUAAUAGUACAACCUAUUAAUUGUGAUAAUGGAUAUAUUAUAGCUUCAUUCUGUUAUUGAAAACAAUAAAAUAAAUUUGGAAAAUCUUGAUGCAAAGCUGAAUCGCGUGAAAAGCGAAUGUGAGGCGCUGAAACAAGCAAAAGACGCCCUGCAAAAUGAAUACGAAAACUACAAGGUAUUGAAGACAUGAAUUUACAUAUACUGCAUGUAAAUCCUCCAAUUAGCCAAUCAUUAAUCUACCCAACUUUUUUUAAUGGAAAAUAUUAUUAACACUCUUCACAAUGUGGGAAAAUAUGACUGCAAGUACUGUAAAAGGUAGUGGCGAAGCUAACCAUAUUAAAUAUUCAUAUUAUUUAAACCUGUAGAAAUCUAUUGUCUUUAAACUAUUCUGGUGCAAGUUUAUUAGCAUAGCGUGACAAGUUGCCAUGGCUAGCUUCACUGGUAAAAGCUUAUAUUGUACCAAAUAAUUGAGGAAAAUUAACACGUAACGUUUCAUUUAAAAAUCUUUCAGACGAGAGUGCAUAGUGUUUUGAAGCAACAAAAGGCAAAGCCAUCAACACCAGUAGCAAAUAUGGAAGCUGAUGAAAG